GGGGGAAGAAAAGAGGGCGGCCAGACCCCGCUCCUUCCCGCCCCUCAAGGCGGGCGCUGCCCAGUCGGUGGGCCGGGCCUGGCGGGGGCGAGGCGAGGAGGCUCUGCCCCGGAAGUGGCGGCGGCGGCGGCGGCCCAGCUGACAGGAGCCCGAGAGGGAGGCCCUGCUUCGGGCUCCUGCCUCAGUCGCCGGGCAGCAAGAUGGCGCUGCGGCCGGGCCAGGGAGCCGGCGGCGGCGGUUCCCUCAGCACCUCCUCGGCCGCCGCCGCCGCUGCUCCUCUGCCGGGCACCGCCGGGCCGCCUCCGGGAGCAGCAGGUGGCGCCGGAGGAAGCCCCGGGCCUGCCAGGUAGGAGGGGAUCCCGCGGCCGGAGGGGAGGCGGGAAGGGAGGCGCGCUGCUUCUCAGGUGACUUUGGCAUCUCGGAUUAUUCAAGGAUCCCUCUGGCUCCCUGGAGCGACUUUUAAAGCCUUUGGGGGGGGUAUUCCGCACCCCGCACCAAUUAAACCUAAAUAUAUAGGAGAAUACAUAGGAGGAAGGAGAAGAUAGGCACCUACAUCAUACCUAACACGUACAUCAUGGUUACUUCAAUUUAGAGCCCGCCCUUCCAUCCAAAGGAGUGCGUUUAUAUGUGUGUGUAUCUAUCUAUAUAGUGCACAGGCUAUAGAUAUUUGCACGUAUAGGCGAAGUGGCAAUGCGCAGCCUGUAUGUUAGCUGCUUGCCUAUGUUAUCGUAAAUAUUUUCUUUCAGAUGCUUUAAAUGUGAUUGAUUGGGUGGAGUCUUACUCAGCAUAGGCAACACACAAACCUACAACAGGCAACACUCACAUAGUAUACAGUAGCAUACAGUACACAAAAUGUGUGUGUACGUAGUCUGCUUUCUCUCUCAGAUAUUUAUGGAUAAUGGUUGGGGCAGGGGGAUUUUUUGACGUCUUAAAAUACUGUAAAGCCAUUCUGAUGGAUACCUAAGAAGGUGUUGUAUGGGCUUAUAUACCUUAUCCGGUUGGUGAUCCUUAACAUAACAGCAUUAGAAGUAUUUAACACCCAGUAUUUAACAUACAGUCAGUGAAUGGUUGCUAACCAGUUGACUGAGCUCCACAUGGGUAAGAGGCCCGCUUGCAACCACAGGUACACGAAACAAAAUAUUGAGGCUUCUGGUUAAUAAUACUAGGUCAGGAGUCCCAUAAUCUAGGAUGAAGGACGGUUCGGAAAUUUAAUUAAUCAGUAGGUGCUGCAAGACACAUUGAUAUACUAAUCUCAUUUACCUGGGGGUAAACCCCACAGAAUUGAGUAGAACUUACUUCUAAGUAGACAUGGUUAGGCUUACCCUGUGAGUGUCCUAUUUCUUCUAGAAGAAAGGUGAACAUCAUGUGUUCAUUGUUGCCUUUCUGGCUGAAUGUAAAGAUUGGGCAGAUAUCUGUCUAUUAGGCAUUUAACAUUCAUCAGUUUAUUUAUUAUUAAAUUAGAAAGAGAGAAUUAGAGAGAGAGAAAAUGUGAGAUUCCUCCCCUUAGUAAAUUAUAGAUAGAUGAGAAAAAUAGGUUCUCUCUCCCCAUCAAUUAUAUAAAACUGAGAAAGAGAGAGAAUGGGUGAGGAGUCCAUUUUUUAAAAAAAGUUUACAUUUUUGGAUAACAAGUACAGAAUUCCACUAUCCACUUUUUUAAAGUGGGGGAGGAAUGCUCAAGGUUGGGUUUCAGAAAUUUAUUAUUUCAAUUCUUAAUUUAUUUUUUAAAAACUUAUGUUUAAUUUCAAGGCAGAGGAACACAACUUGGGUUUGUUUUAGGAUAGGGUAUAGGUAUUCUAGAGUCCUUUUUCUAUUAAUAAUCCUUUUCCCCUCCUGUGUAAUUUUAAUGGAUGUUUAGGAACCCAUUGUGCAGUAAUGUCACUUACUUAUACAUUAGUUUAUCUCUUCCCGCAGGGUAUGCUUCCCACCCACCCUCCCACCUGAACAACAACCGUAUGAGAUAGGUUAGACUUGAAGUUCCCAUGUCAAAGUUGCAUCCUCAGCCACGAUCAGGGGCUACCAUUGUUUUUAAAAGUUAUUAAUAGCAGUGGCUGAGCAAUUUCAAUCAUAACUGCAAGGCUGGGUAAGGGAGAAUCUAACCCUUUCUUCUGACCCUGGAGCCAUUUCCCUGUUAAAAGUUGUGUUGUAAAACUGCUUUUUGCCCCAUGGAGCCAAACAUAUGGGUAUCUUAUGGCUGCCAGUAUUUUUUCCCUACUGGGCAAAUACUAACUUUGAGGAAGGGGGCGAGUGAUUUUAGAAUCAUAGAGUUGGAAGGACCCCCGGGGUCAUCUAGUCCAACCACCUGCCAUGCAGAAAUCACAGCUACAUCUCCUGUGCUGGCGCUCAAGUCAAACCCCAAGCCCCUCUGCUACCAAUAUUCCUUGAAAAGAGGUUAAACUACAGGUUACAAAGGCAUGACAUUCCUGUCCACCUUCCCCAUUGCCUAUUUUAGAUAGCUUCUUGGGGUAGAUACUUCUCUGUUUUUAUUUACAUAAAUAAGUGUAUGGCUUUAUCUAAAUGAUAAACAAAAGUGUGUUGGGUAUAGGCUAAGUGUUUUCUUGUUACGGAGUAUGGUUGGUGCAGCACUUGAGGGGGAUUAAUGUAAAGCAAGUGGAAAGUUGAGAUGAUGAGAGUGCUUUAUCAGUCCAUCCCUCUUCCCAGUUUUAUUUAUUUUUUGUUUUUAAACCAGCUUGAUGGAUUGAAGGUUUGGAUUGCAGUCCCAAUAUCGGUUAGCCACUCUCCCAGAGAGAAUAUGGCUGCUGUGCUGUGCUGUGCCUGGCUAGGCUGCUUAAAAUUCCACCAACUUCAAAGAGGCAUAAUUCUUGGAGCCUACAAACAUUCCUUUGGGAGUUCAACUUGCCCUGGGACAGGCAGUUAUGUGUAGAUGAACAAGUAAAAGGUUCUGUUGGCUUUAGAGAAUGUUGAGUUUAUACCCACUCAAGUUAAUAUUUCUUCUUCUUACCAGAGGUACUGGUAUAUCUCUUCCAGUUGAAUGUGUGGAUUCGAGAAUUCAUUCUGAUGGUGCAGAUAAAAUAUAACUGAUAGAAUACUACAGGUUGGGAUAUUAGUGUGUGAAAACAGUCCAGAUCCAAUGAUCCCUAGAUGGUCAAAAGUGAUUGAAAGCCAGGUGCAAAAUGUCCCUGGCACAUUGGCGGUAUAUAAAUAUAUUUUAUAAAUAAGCAAACGUAGGAUGCUGCCCUCUGCUAAAUCAGACCAUUGGUCCAUCUAUCUCAGUAUUGUCUACACUGACUGGCAGUGGCACUCCACGGUUUCGGGCAGGGAUUCCUCCCAGCCCUACCUUGAGAUGCCAGGGAUUGAAUCUGGAAGCUUCUGCAUGCCAAGCAAAUGUUCCACCACUGAGCUACGGCCCUUCCUGAUUUAGCAUCAGAGAAAAUGUUGGUCUUGUGUCUUCUUUUCUCUCUGACUCUAAUUAGCAGGAGUGUGUUUUCUCCUUUGUAGCUGCUUAUAAAUAAGUCACUGCUUCUCUGGAAAGCCAUGCAUGUUUAAUGAUUCGGCCUUUCUUUGCUUUCUGUGUGGAAUGGCAACGAGCCCCUCAGAUCAAGUCAUGGUUUUGCCCCUUCUCCCCCUUCCUCCUCUUUCGUGGUAGGAUCCUGACACAGAAGGAUGGGGGGGUCACGCGUGUGGAGCACUGAUGCAGAUGUGUGACUCCCGCAGGGGAGUUUAAAUGUGACAUGUAGGUUUGAAUUAGCACCAGUUUGAGCAAGCAGUAGAUUGAAAUUGGGCAUGUUGACCUCAGUGGCGGGUUCCUUAUGAUUAAUGCAAGCGUUCAUCAAAUGCCCUUAUUCUUUUGUUCUUAGCAGUGUGCACCUGCUGGUUUUUAAGGGCAGGAGAGAGUGUCCUGGGACUUUAACACAGAGGUAGUAAAGCGCUUUCAGAUGGAGGGCCACGCUCCAUUCUGAGCAACCUUCUGGGGGCCGCAUGCCAGGGGUGGACAGGGCCAGAUGCAAACGUGAGCAGAGCAAUGAAUCUGAAUCUUACUUUGGUAUACAGUGGUACCUCGGGUUAAGAACUUAAUUUGUUCUGGAGGUCUGUUCUUAACUUGAAGCACCACUUUAGCUAAUGGGGCCUCCCGCUGCUGCUGCGCCGCUGCUGCACGAUUUCUGUUCUCAUCCUGAAGCAAAGUUCUUAACCCGAGGUAAUAUUUCUGGGUUAGUGGAGUGUAACCUGAAGCGUAUGUAACCUGAAGCGUCUGUAACCCGAGGUACCACUGUAGUAGGCUAGUUCUGUCUUGCAUCCAGGCACUAUCAGAGCGUUAUCAGAAGCAUUAUCAGAGUUCAAGGACACCUUCCAGCCAAGCAAAACACUCAAGGAGAGUGCAAAGCAGGACUGGUGAAGGCUGUGGCCCUGGGGUGCAGAGGGAUGGCUGAGAAAGAGCUUAGGGUGGUUCCCAAGGGCCACAAAGAGAGACCUGGGGGGGGGGCUGCUUGAAGAGGAAGCCUUCCUGUUGAAGAGCACCAUGGUUUGCAAGGGCUGGUCCCCUGGAAGCCUUUACUGUGAGGCAGUUGUUUCCCCUCCACAUAUUGGGAUGUCUUACAGAACUCCAAGCUGAUCCUGUGAAGUAAAAACUGCUAACGAACAAUUCAUUUCACAAUUUCAAAAUUUAAACCACAAUCGCAAGACUUGCUUCCGGCCCUGUUGACUCCCCCCACGCAAGGCGGCUCUGCAAAGAACUGUAUACAGGCAACGACCAUGUUGCGUUUGUUCAAAGCACGUGGGACCGUGCAUGCUUGCAUCACUGCGAACGCGGAAGUGGCGGGAAAAGGGGGCGGAACAGGGUAGGGCAGGCUUAUGUGGGCUUCGCAGUUGCAUGUGAUGACCCGGAAUGAAACCCCCGUGCAAAUCUGGAGUUGCCUGUAGUGGAACAGGAUCACAUCCGUCCACAAGACUCUCCAAAUGCACAGGUACAUCUCCUUGAGACACUCCUUGGAAUGGAAGAUGCCUCAACCCAACUUAAUGGGCUUGUUAUGGUCCCUUGUGAAAGGGAGAUUAAAAAGGGUGUGUGCCUGUGUUAAAUGGCCACUUUUCCCCUCCUUAUUCAUCAGUUGUGAGUAGCCCUCAGCCUCUGAAUACUGAGGAGUUGCAGUAGUGGAAGAGGCAGAUUUCGUUCUUUCAAGUCCUGCUUAGGAGCAUCCAGGUGCUUUGGGUUUGGCCAUUGUGGGAACCGGACGGCUGGGCUAAAUGGACCUGAUCUGUUGUGACUCUUCUUACAUUAGUGUGCUUUUCAAGCAGGAGCGGGAGGAACGUUAAGCUCAGGGGCUGACUGUGGCCCUGCAGGCCUGCCUCUCUGGCCCUCAGAACUCUCCCCAGGUCGCACCCAUACGUAGUCCUCCUUCAUGCCCAGAGCACUUUUGCCUGGCUGGAAUUUGCCCUCAAUGCCUCUUUCAUACCUGGAUGAAUACUGCUUGCUUAUGCUCUGUGUGUGUCUGCGUGUUUUACUGUUCAGUUCCAUAAAAUGUAAUGAGAGUAAAAUGCUUUUAUUAUUGUUUUAAAAGUUCUUUACUCUAAUUCCAUUUUAUGGAAUGAAACAGUAAAACAAACUGCUUUUCAUAGAACAUAUGAAUGUGGAAAUGAGGAUGAAACCCAGCUUUGAAUCUGGAUUGUGACUUGUCCUGAUGGACAGAAAGGAAAUUCCACUAAACUGCCCUGUUUGCAGACAGCUCCAACACAGGAGAGAGCUGCCAGCCACAAUUCAUUUACCAAACAGUUGAGGCAAUGCUUUGCAUUAGAGCUUGCACUAUUACUCAAAAUGGAAGACUCACGAUUUUCACCACUUUCUGUUUCAGCUUCAUGUUUCCUGUUGCGGGUGGUCUUGGUCCUCAGGGUAUGUAAAAGUUCAAACUUUAAUGGGAGGGAAAGGCAAGGUAUAUUAUUACUCAGGGAAGGGGAACUUGCAGCCUUCCAAGAUGUUCUUGGACUCCAGUUCCCAUCAUCCCUGAUUGGUUGGGCCCAAGCUUUCCAGGGCUGAUGGGAAAUCGAUACCAUCUGGAGGACUCUUUGCUAGAACUGAACGAGGUUCAAAACUGCAAGUGUUAAAUAUAUCUCUCAGAGUUGUUGUUGUUUUAAGAUCUGACUCUUCCCAAUAUGUGAAAUGUGAUGCUCAAGAUGAGGGUGUUGAAACUUGGGGUAAAAAAAAUCUUUGGGUUCCUCUUCCAUAGAUGUAGAGCUCCAAGGCUUCCUUGGGGAGAUGCCAGGACACCUGACAAUGCAGGACUGGUGCAGAUACAGCUCUUUAAUCAGAGUUACAUAUCAGGUGCUUUCCCCAGAGGUGUUAACUGUUCUUAAGGAAUGUGCCAGUGCUGCCAUUGACCAAGGUCAAUUCUAAUUAUUUGGCUUCAGAGCUCUUCCUAAUGGAAUCCCCAGUUAGAUUAACCAUUAUCAAGGCUUGUAAUGAUGUAGCUCUUAAUCGUGACUAAGACUUGCAGAGAGGGGAAGGGCUGGAGGAAGGGAUCCCGGGAUGGCAUCCUUGCCUGGCAGACUUGGGGCAGAUCCCACUUCUGGUACCUGCCCUGGGCGGCUUGGGUCUGCCUGCCGCUCCACUUUCCCACAAUGUGCCAAGAAUGACCCUGCCUCAAUGGGAAUGUGUGAAAUUAAAAUGGCAGCUAGCCCCAGCAACCUAGCAUUGCCUGGAGCCACCCACAGCCCCCAUAUGUUGGGUCCGGUGGCAGAAGAAGGGGACCGGCUGGAAAGCACUGUGUCCAGGGCCUCCCCCCUAAAUCUGGAGCCAUCCCCAGAAGGAGUAUGUGAUCUGGCAGCCCAUCCCCAACCCCUUAACCAAGCCCUGCCAUGGGACAGUAAAGCAGCUGGAGGAGGAUGAGACAGUGGGGGAAGAAAGAGCUGUGGGUGGAGGGGGGCCCCCUUCCCCACCCUCUGGACCCAAACCUGCUAUACCUGGAACUGCAUGUGGGAGCGCAGCUGAAUGGGACACAGCUGUAGGCAGCCUGAGGAAGUACCAUCCACCCUGGGUCUGCCCAUAAAAAGCAAGUCUAGUGUGAGAGACCAGGGUGCCCAGGGUGCUAACCGCUGUUUCCAGGAACUCUUCUCAUUGUGAGACUUUUGUGGGCGAGCUGAGAGUUUGUUCGGACCCCGGGAGAGAACCCAGAGGCUGAGAGGGAGGGUGUGUCAGAAGGAAAAUGAAUUAAUAUUCAUAUCACUUUGUAUUAAUGUAACAUUUUUAUAUGUAGCUGUAUUUUUGUAAUAUUUUGUUUAAUUUGUUGUUUUUUCAGUUUUUAUGUACACUGCUUAGAUAUAUUUUUUAAUAUAUUAAGUGAUUUAGACAUUAAAUAAUCAAGAAAAAUAAUCAGUUGAUUAAUAAUACUGAAAUAAUGGUUGGGCCAGAUGGUGGCCUGCCUUGGCCCAGAUAAUUAUGCUUGUAGUUGUGGAUUAAUAAAAUUUAGAUCUAACAGGGAAUCCUAACCAAACCUUUCAUGCCUUGGUGUAGGUAUGAUUCCCAUGCAACAGCAAGGCUUCUCGAUGGUGUCGGUCAUGCAGCCCAACAUGCAGGGCAUGAUUGGAAUGAAUUACGGCUCUCAGAUGCCUCCUGGAACAAUGACCAUGCAGGUUUGAGACUUGUGCUUAGUCAACAGGAAGCUCUUGGGCUUUGAUCUGUAUCAGGAGGAGUGGAGUUUGCUGAUUUAUGCGAGAAACCGAAGGCAGCGGCCCGGCAGGCUUCCCCUUCCUAAGCUUCUUUCUCAUAAAUAAAAUAUUUUAAUACGUAUCUGUCAGGGAACUGCCAUCAGUGCCGGAGGGAGAGAGCAAAAUCCAGAGGGAUUCCAGAGAGCGUCCCGGGAUUGGGAGAGGCAGCCCACCUUCUGGGGAAGAGAAUCAGCGUAGCACCAGUGGAGAAGGGGGGCAGAUGGGGGAAGCGGCGAGGCGGUCCCAUGACUCCUUGCCGGGGACCAGCGGGGAGAGUAGAGGUCCUCCGCUGCCUACGCCCUCCUUGCGCAGAAGGCUUUCGCGCAGAGAGUAGGAGGAGACUAGGCGUCAAAGAGCUUCUUUGCUGGAAGAAGUUUAAGAAACGCCCACUGACGGAUUCUGCCAGCGAUUGAGACAGCCACGGGUGAGUGGCUGUCCGGACAGAAAAGGUUCACUCAGGCAACCCAGCCAGGUGUUUGCACCGGCUUACGCACGAGCAACCCCUAGAACCACUACAGUAUCCUUGCUCUUGCACCAAAGCCACCCUGUGAGGCUUCUCCAAAUAUCAUCUGAGUACAACCAGUGUCAGACUUUGGGGGGCCCUUGGCAUUUUGGCAUGGGGCCACAUGCUCACUGCCUGCCCCCAGGUGUGCCAAGCUGUGGCAGGUGGGAGCGCUUUUGAAUGGGAGCUAAGCUUGGCUGCUAUCCAUUGUGGCCACCUGCCAUCUUGAAGUUACUCAAAUGCAAUGCCCCAGCCUGUAGAUUUAUAGUCCUACUCAGACACUGCUAGGGCAGCCACCAUGGGUGAGCUGAGCCCUUAUUCAGAAAUGAGCUUCCUGCUAAAAGAGAGAGGGAGGGGGAGAGAGAGAGAGCGUGCGCAUUUGGUGAACAGCAGUGGAGCCAGGUUGGGCUGGCAAGAUGCCCUUUCAAGCCCCUGUGGCCCUUGGGUCAGUGCCCCACCUUGUCAACUGCUGGUGCCGGCACUCUGCCACCACCAAGCAUCCUAUUUGUGUCUUGGGUGUUACGGGGAGGGGAUGAGGAACUCUUUACACAGCAAGCCCCAAUGAGAGCACAGAAUCUUGGGGGAAGCAUGUUAGAGGGCAACGAGGACGAAGCAUCCUCGGUGGUGACAGAAAAUUGAAACGGGAGUUGGAUGGAAUGGGACGAGCUGUAUUGGAAGUCUGCAUGGCUGGUUGGAACUCCCGUAAAGCAGGAACCCUCCACCAUUGCAGUGUUUUGUUGCAGCAGGUCCCGUGGCCAUUGCAGAUUGGACCAGAAACCUUCUGCACACCAUGCAGGUGUUUUCUCACUGAGCUUCAUCCCUUUCCCAGAUUCCUGGGUUGGCUUCCCCCAAUGUUUCUUGCUCUUAGCAAGGUGGUUUUUUUAUUUUUAACAUUAAAUAAUUGAAUGCCAUAUGUUUCAUUUGCUUCCCAGGGUGGCAUGAAUCUGGGCCCGAUGCCAGCGGCUGGAAUGUCAUACAUGGGGCAGGCUCCAUUCUUAGGAAUGCGCCCAGCAGCUCCUCAGUACACCCAGGACAUGCGGAAGCAGUUUGUGGAAGAGCAACAGUAAGUGAUGCUUAGCUGUCCCCCCCAAGUGUUGGGAUGGAGAUGAGAAGGGUCGUUAGGGGCCUUAUGCUAGGGGCGGGGUGCCUUUAGAGCCCAAGAAGAACAUUCCGUUUUGGGCAACCAUAUGGGGCUGACAUACCAGUGGUGGGUGGAGCCAGUGGCAAAAGUGGGCGGAGCAAAGGAGAUGACUGACCUUUGUACAGUAGGCUGCAUUCCAACUUUUCAGAAACCACAAGGUUCUAAACACACACAAACACCCCUCUCCUACCAAGCAAGCAAGGAGCAUUAUCAUGAGAACCCAUUUCAGCCAGGCAGCUGUGAAGAUCACAUCUGAAUUUGGAAAUUAAGAGUACCACGAACAAGAUUGGGUCUUGGGCAGUGUUGUUGUCCUAAGGCAAGCCUGGGGUCAAAUGCAGCCCCCCAUUAAUGGGCUUACUUGGCUGGUGUUGUCUUUGAACAAUGUCUCUUGCUUGCCUAGAUAGAGAAGAGGAAGGGUCAUGUUGGUGCGUAUAGAAACCAGCCUAGGACACAAAGGUAAAAUUUACAUGGGUUGCUCCACCCACUUUUACUUCUGGCCCUGCCCACCAAGGGCACAUGGCCCUCAGAAGAUUGCACAGAAGGGAAUGUGGCCCUCAGGUGGAAGAGGUUUCCCUACCUCUGGUUUAAGAAAUGUAAUACUUAGCUGCGGAAAGCAGGAAAAUAAAUAGUGGUGAAACAUGUGGCCUAAAUAAUAAUCCUUUUUUUAAAAAAAUGGCAUGGCUUGAAUCUCGUUGCAGGAAACGAUAUGAACACCAGCAAAAGUUUUUCGAAGAGGAAAGAAAAAGGCGCCAGUUUGAAGAGCAGAAACAAAAGCUACGGCUUUUAAGCAGCGUGAAGCCAAAGGUCUGUUGACAAGGGAUGUUUUCAGCAGCACCCUGUCAGAUUUUGAAUUAAUUAACAUACUUUCUCUUGAGCUGGGAAAAUGAGCACAGCUGAUAGAAAAUGUAACCUUUUAAUGAAACAGUGCAGAGCAUUGAAAUGUACAAGGCUGAACAAAAAGCAAGAUAUGAAAUGAUAAACUUCUCCCGGACAAAAAACUGCUUUAGUUUGACUGUUUCGGUUGGCCUCUUGAUAAAGGUUGCCACUGAGAUGCAAAACUGCCUUUUGUUAGGGGAAGAAAAAGUGUUCACAACAUAUUUUUCACAUGCCGUUAAGAGUUUCACCGCGGGUCAUGUCUUCACUGUCAGGCAGGGUGCUUCUGAAUGCCAGUUGCUGCAAACCGCAGGAGGGGACGGUGCUCUCGUACUCGGGUCCUGCUUGCAGGCUUUCCUUUGGGGCAACUGGUUGGCCACUGGCUAGAGGGGCCUUUGGCCUGAUACAGCUGCCAUCUUUUUCUUACGCUCUAAUGUCUCUGUUUUUAGAUGGGUGAGAAGAGCAGAGACGAUGCACUGGAAGCUAUUAAAGGGAACCUGGAUGGGUUUUCCAGAGAUGCGAAGCUGCACCCCACGCCGACAUCACAUCCUAAAAACUCAGGUAUGACGUUUUUCAUCAGAGAUGUGGAGAAUGAAAACCCCUGAGCUGGUGCUCUCCUAGUGUUGCCGGACUCCAGUGCCCAUCAGUCCCAGCCAGCCUGGCCAAUGGUCAGGGAUGACACUUGGUCCUCCCACUCUCACAGGCACACUUGGUGGGGGCGGGGGAGAGGGCCUUUUGGGCAGCUGCUCCCAGACUUUGGAACUCCCUCCCUAGCGAAGCGAGACUGAUUCUCUCCUUGUUGUCCUUUCACUGGCAGGUGAACACCUUCCUGUUCCAAGAAGCUUUUGGAAGCCAACUCCUUUUAAUGAAAGGGCUGGUGUCGGGCUCUUUGAAUUGUAAUGAUUUGUGUGGUUUAAAUAGAUUUAACGCAUGCAUAUAGUUUAAAUUUUGUCAAUGCGUAAUUGCUUUUUCUAUGUUUUUAGCACUUAUUUUUAUCUGUAAGCCAUCUUGAGUCCCAUUAGGGAAAAAGGGCAGGGUAUAAAUAAAUUAAUGACAACAACAGGAUAUGUAGUCUAGAAACCUCUGGAGGCCACAUGGGCAGGGCUGAUAUAAUGAGAUGCAGCUUAAGGGUCAUAAAAACCAUUUAGCAUCUAUCUAGUUGAUAAUAAUUUUAUUCAUUUCUUCAUUUGUUAAUACAUUAAGGACAUACUGAAACCAGAGUUAAGCACUUAUAAAUCUCACUGAUUCAACCUCUCCUUUUGAAAUCAGCAGGACUGAAGGGUGCUUAACUGUGACAGGAUCAUAGCAACACCCAUAUAAAACUCAACAGGGAGAAGGAUUAUUAUUAUUAUUAUUAUUAAGAGGGGAAAGGAACCAGAAUUAAUUGGCUCCACCUACUGCUGGACUCCCUGCCUUCCACCCUGCUAGUCCCAAUAAGCGUCAGUCACUACUGCCUCCAUUCCAUACACCUUCACAGGUCAAAUGCAGCAGCUUUAAAACUUAGUCACAAGAUUAGGAUGGGUACUAACAACAUGUGUCUCAGGUGGCAAAUCCCAGGAUAAAGAGGUGCAUCUUCAACGUAACGGCAAAACCUAUACAGUCGUACCUUGGAUCUUGAACGCCUUGCGACUCUAACGUUUUGGCUCCCGAACGCCACAAACCCAGAAGUGAGUGUUCCGGUUUGUGAAUGUUCUUUGGAAGUUGAACAUCCGACGCGGCUUCCGAUUGAGUGCAGGAAGCUCCUGCAGCCAAUCGGAAGCCGUGCCUUGGUUGUUGAACGUUUUUGGAAGUCAAACGGACUUCCGGAACGGAUUCCGUUCGACAACCAAGGUACGAUUGUAUAGUGAAGUUGUAAGACGCCCUUUGAAGGGGAGGGAGUUCCACAACCUAGGGGCUGCCACAGACAAUACACUCUCCUGGACCACCACCACCUGAAUGUCUGAGGGCAGGGGAACUCUCAGGAGGACCUCCUCAAUGCAGCAAUGUUCCUCAGCGCAGCAGUUUACGAAAAGCUGAGCAGUACCGCUUGGCAUGGAGUCAGCAUUGCCAGCAACCCCACUCUGCCUUUAUUAGAAAUGGCCAUUUCUCUCCCUCCCUCCCCCUCUCUAAAUUUAUUUAUUAUCCUUAGCAAAAAGCCUUGUUUUCCUCAUUGGUUUCCAUUUUGUGUGUACGUAUGUGUGUGUGUUCAUUCCAUUUUGCAGAUCAUCCCACGCCAUCCCAUUCUACUGUGUCUGUCUCCCAAACCUCUGCCUUUCUUGACGAUGACGAGUUUAGUGACUUUAUACAGGGGCCUGUCGAAAACGCCCCGACAUUCGUGCCUCCCACCUCUUCCCAGCCUUUUCAGUCUUGCCAUCCUUCCUCCCAGGCUGGGCAACGGCUUUCAGAGAAGGUUGUGGCCCAGUCUCUCCCUCCAGCCCAGAUUCCAGUGUCCUCCAUCUUUCACGGCCCCAGGGGGCAGGUUCCUUAUUUCUCUGCUUCUCCAGCUUCACAAAACACUCAGAAAACAGGUAACAUGCCAUAUAUUUGGUGUUUGGGAGGGGAUGGGGUACAAAAUCCAGCAGCUCUGAAUAUGGGAACUGUGCUUGGUAAAUUCCAUCUAAUCAAAAACAAGUGAUUUGACUUAGAGCUGCAACAUUAAGGCUGUGAUCCUGAGCACACGUCCUCUGGAGUAAGCCCUGUUACAUGCAGUGGAACAUGUGUCUAGCAAAUAUGCAUGAUGUUGUAUUACUAGGUUGCUUUAAAAUAUUUUGAUUGAUUUAAGAGGUAAAGGUAAAGGGACCCCUGACCAUUAGGUCCAGUCGUGGCCGACUCUGGGGUUGCAGCACUCAUCUCGCUUUAUUGGCCGAGGGAGCCGGCGUACAGCUUCUGGGUCAUGUGGCCAGCAUGACUAAGCCGCUGCUGGCGAACCAGAGCAGUGCACGGAAACGCUGCUUACCUUCCUGCCAGAGCAGUACCUAUUUAUCUACUUGCACUUUGACGUGCUUUCGAACUGCUAGAUUGGCAGGAGCAGGGACCGAGCAACGGGAGCUCACCCCGUCACCAGGAUUCGAACCGCCGACCUUCUGAUCAGCAAGUCCUAGGCUCUGUGGUUUAACCCACAGCGCCACCCGCGUCCCGAUUUAAGAGGUACCCACCCCCAAUUAAUUGGGCAGCAGAAUUUGAAAGUUAGUACUUCUAAAUCCAUAGUGGCAGGUGCUUUCUUAGAAGAGGUAUUCUCCCCUCUUUUGUCACAGGAAGGAAUGCCUCUUGAGCCGUGACUUACAUACGUAACAUCUAAAAAAUAAUAAUCACUCCCUCUAGUGUCAAACUCAUGUGGUGAGUGCCGACAGAUACGAAGCUAAAAUGGAGCUAUUGGAAAGAAGAGGGAGGUAUCAGCAUGCUCAAGAGAACCUCUAGUUUUUUGGGGGAGGGGGUGGGUUGAAACACACCUUAGGGGCAACUCCCCCUACCAAGAAACUGAAUGAGGCCUGAGCAUGCUCAGUAGCCAUGGAAUGUUGAGAGCUGGUUGAAAAGGAAUAAAAUGACAUAUAGGAAGACAUGACACCUGCACCAGCCUUGGGUAUAUGUGGGGCUGCUCAUCCAUUCUUGUUUCCGCACCUCGACCGCUCCUUUUGUGUGUGGAGGCGGGUGUGUUUUGUGUGUGGAUUGGGGUGGAGUUCCAAACUUGAGAUUUAACCAAGUGCCAACAAUUCCUCCUUUUAUCUGUCCAGGCCCUCCUUUGGAAGAGAAGCCCCUGCCACCCUGUGGGUUGAGUGAAUUUGGGCAGGCACAAACCAAACUUAAAACUCCUGACGCUGAGCUCAGUGCCGCAGCUCCAGCUGCAAACGGCCCUGAUCCCAGGUUAGGGGCCAGUAACUGGCAGCCCGUAGGGGCGCUCCCGAGCGGCAGCCCCGGUCCAAAGGCAAACAAGGCUUCAGAACAAAACCUGUCAGCCCAAGAGCGUGGUGAGCAUAUCUGUGUCUUGCAGAGCGUACGCUAACCUCUUUAACACGAAUGCCGGGUGAUUUUGCUCUGAACCCCUGCUUGAAUAAUAACAGCGAAGCGCCGAUUCUCCUGACUUAACAUGUGACGUCCGCAAGUUCUGCUUCUGUUUUUCAAACUUUGUAACCUGUAAGGGUCAAAACCUAACAAGCUUCUUUGAAUAAGAUUUGAUCCUGCAGAAAAAAAGUUCUUCCAAUCAUGCAUGCUUUCUUCUGAUUCUUGUCUUUAGCUGUCAUUUACCUUGUGGAGUGGGGGGGAAAUAAACACCUCAUCUCCUCAAACAGCAACAAACGCAUCCCAAUACCAUGAAUGAAGUUGAUGGAUGGUGUAGACUUAAGGGGAGGUAAUAGAAGGGACAUAGGUCAGUUGUGGAGCUUCUGCUUUUGCAUGCAGAAGGUUCCAGGUUCAGUCCCUUGCAUCUCCAGAUAGGACUGGGAAUACCCACUGUCUGAAACCCUGGAGAGCAGCUGCCAGUCAGUGUAGACAACACAGGGCUAAGCAGACCAACAAUAUGACUUGGUAUAAGGCAGCUUGUUGUCUUCCUACUAAAUGCAGCACCAGGAGGAGUGGAAUAUUAAGGGGAGAGAUGUAGCUCAGUGCUGCAGCAUGGGCAGAACGUCCCUGUUUCAACCCCCAGCAGCUCAAGUAGAAAGACCCCCUUCUGAAACCCUGGGGAGCCGCUGCCAGUCAGUGCAGACAAUACUGAGCUAGACAGACUCUGCCUAUGUUCUAUAAUAAUUCACACAAACGUAAUUUGAGCAAUAGAACCCAUUAUUAACUGUCCCAGUAUUUCCGCUUCUCCGUUUAGUUCUCUGCGCACCGCCUGGAUUGCUGUUCAGAUGGCCUCUCUUCUAACAGCAGUGAUAGCACUUAACGGACUCUACAAAUUAAGAAGGGUUUUGCCUGCUUAAAGAACAGGCAUAAAACGAAGUGGCAGUGGUGUGGAAUGAACUUGAGAUGGACUCCAUGGCCAUCGCUCUUUGCAGAUGCUAGAUUCCACCACCACCACGAUGAUGGCCAUACAAGUACUUGCUGCUGGCAUCACUCAAGCAGCCUCUUCAGUUCCAUUUGAUUCCCAAGGAGAGGCGUUUGCAGAAGUUGGCACUCUGCGGCUGCAGGAGUGGAGGCUCCGAGGGCCAGAUGUGUGUUUUGACUUCUCUGGCCAGAACAUUACCCCUCCACUCCUCUUCAGGAGAAAGCUUAGUAUGGCUAAGGAAAGCUAUUGCUCUUACUAUGGCGAUUUGUAGAAAUAGAAAAGCCCCGCCUAGUUGCCAUGGAGGCUUAUCCAAAAGGGCAAAUGGGACUCUGCCCCACCAACCUCAGACAGCCCCCGUCUUCCUCCCUUCUUACUUACAACAAGUCAGCAGGUGACUUCACCUGCCAUUGGCUCUAUCUCUGCCUGUCAUUGGCCUCGAUUCAGAAGGCUGGUCUCCUUGCCAGCGCUCAGGUGGUCCUUGGUCCCACCAGCGCUCAGCUGAAUUGCAUUUAUUUUUUUAAAUUCCAACAGUCCUAGAAAUGCUUCCCAAGAGCUCUGUGUAGAGAGGCUCUGUUGCAUAUACAGAGUGUUUAAAGCUUGAUUUGUGUGCAGAAGGAGAGUCUCUUCCCUCAUUUCUUUGAGCGUGCCAUUUUAUUCCGGACUGCUUGCAAGAGAGGCGAUUCCUCCUUUGAAAUAAGAUGACGGAAGUGUUCCAGAUGAGUCAUUUCGCUGCAGAUAUUUCCUAAAUAUAGUUUUCCUUUCGUGUGUGUGCCUUUUAGGUGUCGGAGUCUUCCCUUCCCAGGAUCCAAUCCAGCAACUGAUGCCUCCCUGGAUUUACAAUGAUAAUUUAGUUCCAGGUAAUAUUAAUGGCAAUGAUGAAACUGAGCAGGAAUAGCCUUUGAAGGUAUUAGAAAAGGUGAUGCAAGCUCACCUCCCAUUCUGGAUGACUUGUAAUUAAACCAGCUUAUUUCUUAAGAUGAUUUGCCCUUUCUGCAGGUGAGGGGACUGGUAUAUAGAGUCUGUGCUAAGUGCUUAGUAGGGAACACUAGAUUUUAAACUGGGCUUGCUAAGGGCGUCUCACUUUUAUUUUAUUUUAUUUAUUGGAUUUUUAUACCACCCUUCUCUCAAAGGAGUCUGGGAGCAUCAAAAUGUUAAAACACUACCAUUUAAAGUAGGAACAUCGCUAAUACAUGUAAAAAAACUACUGAAAACCUUCUGAAAACAUUUAGAAAAGGGUCUGUAAGCUUCAUUCAGGUGGUCUGUUCUCUUCCGCUCCCCAUCCUGCCAUUUUAUUUUCACAACAACCCUGUGAAGUAGCUAAGGCUGGUCCAAGGGGUCACAGUGGGCUUUUGUAGGGCUGAGUAGAGAUUUGAACCCAGGUUUCAGCCUGACACUCUAACUGCUAGGCCACACGAAAUCACACAUGUCGCUGAAUUGUUCUGCCCAGACACUGAGGUCCAGUGCCGAGGGCCUUGUGGUGGUUCCCUCACUGCGAGAAGCAAAGCUACAGGGAACCAGGCAGAGGGCCUUCUUGGUAGUGGCACCCGCCCUGUGGAACACCCUCCCUUCAGAUGUCAAAGAGAUAAACAACUAUCUGGCAUUUAGAAGACAUCUGAAGGCAGCCCUGUUAGGGUAGUUUUUAAUGUGUGACAUUUUAGUGUAUUUUUAAUCUUUGUUGGAAGCCACCCAGAGUGGCUGGGGAAACCCAGCCAGAUGGGCAGGGUACAAAUUAUUAUUAUUAUUAUUAUUAUUAAUUAAUUAUUAUUAUUAUACUUCCAUGUAGAAUUCUGUACGUGCUCUGUUUGCUGUCCAGCUCCACAGUGGAGCUGGAGGGUUGGCAUUUGAUGGUGUCCAAGUCGAAGUCCAUCUUGUCUCUAAUUUGGGUUCUUACAUGUUGGCAACUCCUGAUUAUGCAAACUUCUUCUUUUUUUGGCUGGCUUUUUUUCUUUGCAGAUCUGUACAAGAAAAUUCUAGAAACCACUAUGACGCCCACUGGAAUAGACACUGGCAAACUUUAUCCCAUCCUGAUGUCUUCUGGACUUCCCAGGGAGACGCUGGGGCAAAUAUGGGCCUUGGCCAAUCGCACCACUCCUGGGAAGCUUACGAAAGAAGAGCUGUAUACCGUUCUGGCUAUGAUAGCCGUAACUCAGGUAGGAGCGACUAAACACUGGGAGGCAAAGCUGGGGGAAGGUCAGCUCACAUAUUUUGAGUGGGUUCUGUGCACCUCUUAUUAGACAAGCGGGAAAGGACGUGCUGUGGUACAGAGCUUGUAGCGAUCCUGCAUCCAAGAAGCUGGCCAGAUUCUGCACCCCCUUUGCUACAGUGAUGUGCCGGUCUCCAAAUGGGUUGCUUCAACCCCAGGCAUUGGUGGAAAAUUACACAAAGUCCUGUAUCAUUUCAGUGGAGUUGGAGAAAUCAUUUGAGCAGCAGUGGUCACAUACAUAAAUAAUUUUUUAUAUUGUCUAGGUAACUCUAAUCCCAUAAUCCCCCCCCCAAGCCUCUGGUUUCUUAAUUGAGGUUAUUGCAAACAUUUUUUUUCAAUUCAUUACAUACCAUCUCUCAGUAGGCUUUUACCUUAUUGCAAGUCCACCACACAUGGGAAAAAAUACCUCCCUUAUUUUUACAUUUCCAACAAAUACUUGAUUUCGAUUUUUGCUAGUUUUGCUUUAACUCAUUUUCACAAAUUUCCCCCUCAAACCAUAACUUGAUGUAAACUUUAAUUCUGUGUUCCACAACCGCUCCCAUGCCGACAUUUCAAUACAGUGGUACCUCGGGUUACAUACGCUUCAGGUUACAGACUCUGCUAACCCAGAAAUAGUACCUCGGGUUAAGAACUUUGCUUCAGGAUGAGAACAGAAAUCGUGCUCCGGCGGCACGGCAGCAGCAGCAGCAGGAGGAGGCCCCAUUAGCUAAAGUGGUGCUUCAGGUUAAGAACAGUUUCAGGUUAAUAAUGGACCUCCAGAAUGAAUUAAAUGCUUAACCCGAGGUACCACUGUAUUGUGACCAAUAUCCAUUGCUCAAUGUAUUAUUGAAGAUAUUACUUGUUCAUCUUUAGCUUCGCAUUCUAAUAGCGCCUUAUAAAAACAGUGCUGCUGUCUAUUAAUGCUUUCCCUGCCCCCUCUUUUCACUUACAGAGAGGCCUUCCGGCUAUGAGCCCGGACGGUUUGAACCAGUUCCCCUCUGCCCCGCUCCCUACACUGAGUGGGCUCCCGAUGGCAAUCCCUGUCACGGUGAGCCAGCAGCCGAUGAUGCCGCCGGGGCCUCCCGUCUCCAUGCCUCUUAGUAUGACGCCCGCCGUGGUGGGGAUCAACAUGGCUGCACCAGUGGCGGGACCUUCAGCGCCGGCGCCCAGCGGGUUCAUGCCGCCUUACCCUCCAAGCCAGGUCAGUGCCGCGUAUGCCAUGCAAUAAGCGAGAAUCCUUCUUGAAGUGGGUUUAAGCAAGAACUUGUCCUUUCCAGCCAAUAUUUAAGCAACAGAGCGUGAACAUCUCUUUCUUUUAAUGCUCAGUUGCUGUUCUCUUUUUUUUAAAAAUAAUAUUUAUUACUUUCCAACAAUUUGAACAUACAUAGAAAAAGAAAAUAAACAAUACAGUACAAUACAAAAACAAUACCUAACACUAAACUAACAAAAACAAUUUAAACUAAGAAAACAAAACAAAAACAAUUUAAACUAAGAAAACAAAACAAAAACAAUUUAAAACACAUCAAAUAAUUUCAAUCUUUCAUUCACUUAUUUCCAUGACCUCCUCACACCUCCCUUUUUGUAUUCCACUUCUAUUUAGUUGUUUCAGCAAUUCCUUUCCAUCUUCCUCUGCUUUCCAUCCUAUAAUUAUCGUAACACAUUUUAACCUUAUUUUUCCCUUUAAUUCUCUAUUAAUCUAUUUAUACUUAAUUCCUUAUAACAUUUCUACUGAAGCCAUAUAACUUCAUUCCAACAUUUUUCUAACAUUCAUUAAUUUUACAAUAUUUCUGUAAAUAGUCUUUAAACUUUUUCCAAUCUUCUUCCACCGACUCUUCUCACUGGUCUCGGAUUCUGCCAGUCAUUUCCGCCCAUUCCAUGUAGUCCAUCAACUUCAUCUGCCAUUCUUCCAGGGUGGAUAAAUCUUGUGUCUUCCAAUGCUCCGUUGCCGUUCUCACAUCCUGUUUCUUUGCUUUCAGUUUUUAAGUAUUUGUGCUUCAUUUUUAACCCGCAUGCCGUUUCUCUGCAUGACUGUAUGCAAGGCAGCUUAGAACCCAUAUAAAUUACAGUGUUUUUAUAUGGCUUUCAUUGUGUUUAAGUGCAUCUUUUCUUUUAAAUUUUAUUGGGUUGUAGUCAGUGGUGGUCCUACUCAGAGUAGGCACAUUGAAGUUAAAGGAUACAAUGGUACCUCGGUUCUCAAACGUAAUCCAUUCCGAAAGACCGUUUGAGUUCCGAAACGUUUGAAAACCGAGGCGCAAAGGGCUGUCUGCAAAUUCAGUUGAGAAAAUUGAAAAAACACGCAGCGGAAGCCAUUUGACUUCCGAGGUGCGUUCGAAAAUGGAAGCAUUUACUUCCAGGUUUUUGGCAUUCGGGUUCUGAAAUGUUUGCCAACGGAGAUGUUCAAGAACUGAGGUACCACUGUACUAUUGACUUAGGUUCUUUCCUUUCAAGGGGUCAGUUCUGAGUGAAACUUAGUCGGAUACAGCCCUGUGGUGGUUGUUUUUAAAUACUUCUAUUUUAUUUUUGUUUUAUGUUCUAACAAUAUGUUGUUUGUUUUUUAAAACUUAGAUUUUUUUUAAAAAAGUAAGCAGUUUAUAAAUGCGUUUCAGUAAAUGAAUUAAUAAUGCCCAUUCAUUUCAAUGGGUUUUAUGCAGCUAUGUUUAACUACAGUUUGCCUCUGCUGUGCAUCUGUAUGCAGUGCGGUAGGAUCACCCAGUCACUCUUGAUGCAGACAUGCAGCGGAAUUACUGCUAGCUGGGAUAGCUCAGUCAGUAGAGUGCGAGACUCUUAAUCUCAGGGCUGUGGGUUCGAGCCCCUUGUUGGGCAAAAGAUUCCUGCAUUGCAGGGGGUUGGCCUAGAUGACUCUUAUGGUCCCUUCCAACUUUAUGAUUCUAUGAUUCUGUACUCCUUGGAAGGACUCUCUGCAUGAGUCACUGACAUGGGAAAGAGCUGUGCUUUGAACAGUGACUUAUGCAGAAGCUCUGCAAACACCCUCCUCUGGGAGCCGACGCUUCGUUCUCCUUCCAAUCCAGGUGUGAUCAACAGACCUCUCAUGAGCAUGGAGGUUUCCUGGAUUAUUUGCUUCAUUAGCCUUGGGUUGAAAGUAUGUUGAAAUUUUGGCCUGUUUUUUCUUUGGGGCAGUUGUUACAGGUUCUGUGGGUGAAAUCCCCAGUUCUUUGCAACAUUGUCUUGUAAGUACAGUGGUACCUCUGGUUAAGUACUUAAUUCGUUCUGGAGGUCCGUUCUUAACUUGAAACUGUUCUUAACCUGAAGCACCACUUUAGCUAGUGGGGCCUCCUGCUGCUGCCGUGCUGCCGGAGCACAAUUUCUGUUCUCUUACUGAAGCAGAGUUCUUAACCUGAGGUAAUAUUUCUGGGUUAGCGGCGUCUGUAACCUGAAGUGUAUGUAACCUGAAGCGUAUGUAGCCCGAGGUACCACUGUACCAUGCUCGGACUCAGAAAUAAAUAGGGCUACUUUAUCCAGCCCACAGUUUUAAGGGCUUUGCAAGGGGGGAGUUCAAAGUUGAUGUAAGUGGCUUCAAAAGGGAGGGGAGAUUUGAAAGUCCACCCGACAGCUCCCGGAGUCUUUUACUGAUAAAAGUUGGCAGUUAUUUUCAUAGGCUGAGCCUUUUUAUCAGAGUAAUUUGAUAAUUAGAGCUCCUACUUACACAGCAGAGACUCAGUGGAGACUUGACCCGGCGCCAUCAUCUCCCACUUCUUUAUGCUGUGCACUAUGAAAGCAAAUCUUCUGGGGUGUAGGAACAAAGCAUGCUUCUGGUUUUAAGGGAAGAGAAGGAAAAGUGUGCAUCUCUGCUAUUGGAAGCCUCCUAGGAACUUUAGGAGUAGCCAAUAAAUAACAAAAUACAUAGCAUAGUAGUGUUAGUUUUAAAGAAUGCAAAGCAGCUAGGUACAAGAUUGCUGUCACCCUGAAAGGGGACUUUAUGAUUUCAUAUUAAUCUAGGCAGCCAAACAGGAUGACGACGACUUCCAAGAUUUCCAGGACGCUUCUAAGUCUGGAGGGCUUGAUGACACCUUUACAGAUUUCCAGGGAGAAACAUCUGGAUCAAGCAAGGCGUGUGCAGCACAGCAGCAGAGCAGGUAGAGGAUUUAAAAACGUACUUUUACUGUAGGGGUUUUUGCUGGCAAGUGUGUGUAUAUUUGUGUGUCAAAAACAAACAAAAACAGCUUUUCACAUCUUCCCACUUAGGAGACAUAGAAACAGGACUAUGUCCAUGCCUCAUUCUAAAUCGGAUCCAGUUACGUUUUAGGCCAAUCAUGCCCAAGCUUUGUAGAAGAGCCACUGGUUUAGUUCUCUUGUAAAUGGGGAACAAAUAUAGUUCAGUGAUCAUGUGAUUGGGAGGCAAAAAGUCCCAGGUUCAAUCCCCAGCAUCUCCAGCUAAGGCCAGGGGGGGGAACCCAUUUGAAACCUUGGAGAGCAGGUAUAAUUCAGAACCGUGAUGAAUGGAAUCUUGCUCCCCCCCACCCCACCCCAGGGAAGAUCUGUGGCUCAGUAGUAGAGCAUCUGUUUUGCACUCCCAAGUGUCCCAGGGUCAAUCUCUAGCAUCUCCAAUUAGGACUGGGAGACAAACCUGGAGAGCAGCUGCCUGUCAGUGUAGGUGGAGCCAUGGUCGGACUUGAUAUAAGACAGCUCCCUGUUUCAUUCACUGUAUCUUGCAUUGAAAUGAAUUCCUGAUCUUACUGCAAUAAGUAACAGUAAUUACGUUUAACACAGUAUAAUGACCUAUACCAUAAACACAGCAAUUAUGACUUAGCCAUUCUAGCCUUCUUUUUAUUGCCUAUUACUUUUCCUCUUACACUUAGAAGCCGCUACAUAUAAAUAUGUAGAAUGCAUUGCAGCCAUUCAUCUUUGGCACAGAAAAUGUCCUCCCGUGACAGUCUAAUUGGAGUGUGAGUCAGCAGAUAUGUAGCUGUGGAAGGGAGAGGUUGUUUUUCCUGGAAAAGCCUCACCUGCGUCUCUGUCCCGUGUGACUGCACCUCCCCUCUGGAGUGGCGUAACUGUUUGCAGUCUAAUAUGCUGGUCUAAUUGUUUGAAAGACAUUUUUGGAGGGUGGAGGGGGGGAGAGUCUCCAGCUCUACAGACAGCUGGUGAUUAGACUUGCCGCACAGCAUCCUGCUAGAUACCUGGUGUGAACUUGUAUAAGAUUUCCAUAAAUGUUACCUCUUGCUCUCUUUAUUUGUGUAGUCCCUCUCUCUUCCCCCUUCUGCAGGCUUCAUGGGUCCCCAUUAGCAUGCAUCUGUGAACCGCUCGGCUUGUAGGCCACUGAUAAGGAGAUUUAUUUGAAAGAGUCUUGCUCCCAGUCCAUUUUUUCCAAAAACAAAACAAAACCCCUAUAUCUGUGAAUCCCACAGAAAUCCAUAUUUUCGAUUUGGUGGCGUGGAUUUCAGGUUAAACAAAAGCAUGAGUUGUUUUAAUGUCGAGGAUGCUGUUCCAAGCUGUCAGCAGGGAGAUAAAAUAUGUGAGUCGUGUGGUGAAGCUAAUCCGGGGUGGCUUUGCUUUUUCCCACCACAACAAAACAUAGAUUUGCAUGGGAGCUGCAGUGUUUGGAUGCUUAAUCAACUAGAUCAAUGUGUAUUUAACUGCUUUUUAGCUGUUUCUAUUGAAUUUUGUACAUUGCCUUCCACCCUCCCUGUUGAAAGUCUGAUUUUAUAGUUUUGAUUGAUUUUUAUCUAUCUGUGUUGUGGGUUCUUGUACACCACUUAGAGACGGUUGUCAUUAAGCUGUAUAUAAAUUGUUCAAAUAAAUAAAGAUAAGAGAGGAAAUGGUGGAUUUAUCCAAAAUGAGCAGGGGUGGUGGUGGAUGACAGAGGGAACAGGUGUAUGAGAAAAGGAUGCAAGAAUACAGGUCCUGGGUGGGCCAGAAAUCUCCAUCCUCUUCCUUUUUGCCUGGAUUUUUUUUUGUGCCCGUCUAAUUGCUCUGCCCUCCCUUUUAAACUCAAACGGAUGAUUUUCGGCUUAAGAUAGGGACUGUCAAUUCAGAGCAAAAUCUAUGUAGGUGGUAAAGGGGUGGGGGAACACCACACAGCUUGUUACUGAUUUUUUUCCUCCCCUCUCUUACCCUAAAAAUAUCGUCGGGAAAUCUUGCGGCAUAAAUUUCAGCAUUGCGUGUGUGUGUGUGUGUGUGUGUGUGUGUGUGGUUUUCUUCACCCUUGAAUGGGGGUAGGGAACCUUUUCCAGCCCAAAGGCCACAGUGCCUUCUGGACCAGCUUCCUGGGAGGUCACAUGCCAGUGGUAGGCGGGGCCAGAGGCAAAAGUGGGAGGGGCAAAGGAUGUAAAUAUUACAGUAGGCUAGUUGACACCCCACCCCCCGUCUAUCCUCCCUCCCUACUGGUAAGAGGCAUUAUCUCGGUUCAAAUGUGAAGCGGGGGGCCAGGGAGAGUUCAGGCCUGGGAGAGUUCUGAGAGCCAGAUAGAGAGACCUGGAGAGUCUGAGGUUUCUCCCCCAUUGCUGUAGAAGUCCUACCCUGUGCUCUGCCACAAGCCGAAGUGCCCUCUCAGGCCACCAGAAGCUGUUCUUGCAUUAAGAUCUCUCCCAGCCCAUCCUUUGACUCCCUUUCCACCCUAAUGCAAAGCUUGAGAACGUCUUCUCUGACAACUGAGCCGGUCUCUGCGGGAGCAAGGCCCUUUGUGCCCAGCCCUCUCCUCACAUUUUCCCCUUCCCUUGCUUUUUUAUGCAGCGCCCCUCCGAUGCUGAUCCCGCUCUCCGGCGCGAAGGUGCCGCCCGCUGUGGAUAAGUACGCCGUUUUCAAAGGGAUUGCCACCGACAAGGCUACAGAAAGCACAGCUUCGCUUGGAGGUAAAAAAAAGCAGCUGUCUAACGUAUUGGUGCACUCCUCUUUGUUAUGACCUUUAAUGGGUUGAUCACUCGUCUAGGAAGGGUUGUGGAGGUGCUGAGAACACUUCUCCUUUCCCCAUGGGUGGCCCAAGACAUUUUGGUGUCCGAGGCGAACAAAAAAAAGUAGCCCCUUGCCCCGGUCCCCACCAGGGAAGGAGGGGUGAGUGGAGAUGUACAUCAGGAACAAGGGGGGGAAAGAAACAGCAACAUUGGGGUCUGCUGCGCUUGAGGCAGCCACCUUCCCUGACCUCAUGAGUGGGCCGGCCCUGCCUUUCCCCAUUCACCAGGUUUACCUUUCCCUCCUCAUGCACCAGAUCCAAGCGUGAAGCUAUCAUGUCUCAGGCUAAUAUGGAGAGAGUGAGAUCCAUGUAGGCCACCUUGAGCUCCUUAGAGGAGAGGUGGGAUAUACGGAUAACCUUGGUGUAAAUCUGCAUCCAGUGUGAUGUCGUGGUCAAAGUGCUGGACUAGGACCCAGCAGACGAGGGUUCAGAUUCCCACUGGGUGACCUUUGGGCCUCUCAGCCUAGCCUACCUCACAGGGUUGUUGUGAGGAUGAAAUGGGGGGGGGGGGAGCUUUGUACACCACCUUAAGCUCCUUGGAAGAAAGGUAGGCUAUAAUUGUAAUAAACACUAAGCUUAAGCCCUUGCCCUUGAAAUCCUUGAUUUCUAUGUGCAAGGACUAUUGAUUGUUGUACGGGGGACACCGGUUUGCACCAAACCUGCAAUUGCUGAUUGCUAUGCACAGAUGCAGAUGUAGACACGGUGACUAAAAUUGAAAUGAAAACGCCCUAUCGCUUAGCGAUGUGAUGAAGAACUUAGACUCUGUGCCUGCUGAGUCUUUUCCGGAUACUAACUGUUGAUGGGCGACUUUAAGGCCCCUCCUGCUCUUCCUCUUUAGAGUUCUUUAAACUAGAACAGACAGCCCUUUGGAGGGAGGAUGGAAUAACUGGGAAUAAGCCGCAACUGAGCACAGUGGGACUCAAUUACUUAGGGAGCGGCCUUACAUUGAGUCUGGCUCAGUAUUGUCUGCCCUGGCUGGCAGCAGCUCUCCAGAGUUUCUGACCUGGGUCUUUCCUAGCCUUACCUGGAGAGGCUGAGCGUGGAACAGAAGAGCUUUUGCAUGUAAAGCAGAUGCUCUGCCACUGAAAUAUGACCCUUCCGUUGAGAUUCCUGAGCAGCAUAAUUCCUGCUUCCAACUGCUACUACAAAAUGCCUAGGCUGCGAGGUAGGACUGGGAAACAAAGGGGGGGAGGGAGAGGCAUGUUGAUCACCAGGAAAAGUAAAGGAGAAAGCAACUGAUUUUUCUCAAGAAGUGCCCAAGAACACAUCUCAGAAAGAAUUCUUUCUUUAGCGGCUGAUCUAAAGACAGUCACACAAACACUUUACGUAAUGUGCCAAUUUUUAACUUGUGAUGAUGAUAUGUGUGUGUGUCUUUUAUUCCAGCCUUAAUUUAACUAUAUUGUGACUGAAUUUUCCUUUUUUAAAAAAAAAUAAUUAUACCCACAAUAGAUUAUGGAGACAAGUACAGUGCUUUUCGAGUGCUGGAGCAGCAGCCUGAGAGUAAGCCCUUAGGUAAGUGUGCCAGAUUUGCAAACCUUGAUAUCUUUGCCUUGUUGACUCUGUGCUUCUUUUUCAGGUUGUUUAAAGCGUCUCUGUAGGUUUGGCAAAUAUCCUACCAACACGAAUCUCAUGGCAUUAAUACUGUGUAUGUAGACAUUUAUUUAAACCAGGGUUCCCAAAGUGGUGAAUAUUCACUCCCUCUCUUCCCACCCCAUCUCUCUCUCUCUCUCUCUCUCUCUCUCUCUCUCACACACACACACACACACACACACACGGUCAAUGGGGCCUAGAGGUGCAGAGUUUCACUUUUUAAACUUUUUUUCUACAGUGUCUCAAUUCUAACACCCCUCUUUCACUCCCCCACAAAGAUGCAAAGGCAUAAAAGGAAGCUGCCUUUAAUAUUCCUUGACUUUGUCUCAUUUACAUUUCUAAGAAGUUGGGUUGGGGUCAGUGGCAAGCUCAUCAAGGGGGUCAGUGGACUCAGAGGUUGGGGGCUACCCUACUUUAAGUAAUUGAAGCAACCUUCGUGCUGCCUCAGUUGUUGGACUGCAACCUCCAUCAAUCCCAGCUGUUAGGAAGCGAGUGUAAGUUCUGGCUUAAAUGCCCGUUAAUAUGCAGCUGCUUUUCAAAGCUAGGCAUUUCUUUCUCCGCUCUUUCAGGCUGUGGGAAAAUGCUGCAAUGAGCCUUCUUCCUUCUCAGUUUAUUGCCAUUUUAUAUAACUGCAGAAAAGUACAGCUUUCUUAUGGCUGUUUCCAGGAAAGCUCAUUUCCAUAAGGUCCCCAAGGGCGGCGUAGUUACAUUUUCUGGGAAAGAUGCAGUUUCCUGGAUCAAAAUGGACUAGAGUCCUUUUUUUAAAAGCACCUUUUUCAAAAGACUGGCAAAUAUGCUAUGGCUAAUUAACUCAGUGGGCUACAGGCUGCUUCAUCAGAUGCUGUGUGCAUUUCAAUAAUCUGAGGCCAGGGGAAACGCAUUACGAGUCUCAGUUUCUCAAUAACUGGACUGUAGCGCAAGCUUUCCAUCGUCUCAGUGUAACAAGUGAAAAUUGGAGGCAACUGCUUUGGAGACUUGGAAUGCCAUUAACAUUUUUAAAACUAAGCAGGACUUCAGCCCUUGUCAGCACCGAGACCGGAGACUUCCUAGGGAGCCUCUCCCUGAAGGAAGUACAGAAUAUUUUAUCUGUGAAGCUGCCUGGCAUAUCACUCAAAAAGUCGACAGUUGCAAAAAUACCUUUAUUAAGGUCAACAACAACAAAAGUCACAAAAUCGUGGCAUCCUUUUUGAGAUCCCCAGCACCCUUAAUCAGGCUGGAGUGUUGCACCAAGCAAGGCAUUGGCUCGGCAUGAAAAACGUCUGAGCCCGUCCAGUAUUUCAGAGAAAGAGAAGUUGGUUUUGAAUUGCCCUCUUUUCACUUUUAACCCUUUCACCAGCUUACAUUUCUAACGGAAAAGCUUGCAGCCCACCAGUAAGUUGAGUUUUGCUGUACCUUGCCUCGGUUUGGGUUGAUGUCAGUUUCACAAAGGUGCUUUUCUCCCCGUCUGGGAAAGCUGGAGUUUACACCACCUGAAAGAACCAGGUCCGCGUAACAGGAGUUCUGUUUGAUGUGACCUCAGUAGCUUUUUCCUUAGUAGUGGCUGGUGGAGCAGCAUUGCUCACCUCCAAACACCCACGUCUCUGUUGCAUCCUGGGAGGCGCAAGGUUGGUGCAGAGCCAAUGUACCAGUUGGAGUUCUGGAUUGGCUCUGCUGGAGUGUUUGCACUAUACCAGCCUCACCACUCCCUUGCCCCUCCUCUCCAUCCUUGUAUGCAGUAGUGUCACAGGCAACUGGAAGUCAGGUGACUGUUGCUACCCCAUUUUGCCGAUCUUUGCCACAGUUUAAACUGGCCUGAAGCGCUGGUUUGCUCUUUCUGUUGACUUAUGGCAGCAUUUGUGAAACUGACUUAACUGGGUUUUCUGUUUUCAUGGUGACGGUGAUUUGAAAUAUGAUAAAGCAAAACCUCUCUCUGUGUGUGUGUGAGUAGAUAUAGAUAGAAGUUUUGCAUUGCAUUACCUUUCAAGUAAUGUAGACAUAUUUUAACAGCAGCUUCUGUGUAAAUAUGUCCUGCUGGUGAAGGGGUUAAUCAAAAUUAAGUGAAUUCAAUGGGGCCAACUAUGUGGUCUAGCUCUGUGUAAGGCAGCUCUGGUGUCUUAAGAGAGGGGCUGUAGCUCAGUGUCUAGAGCCCCCACCCUGCAGGCAGAAGGUCCAAGGUUCAAUUCCUGGCAUCUCCAAAUAUAGCUGGGAAUAUCCUCUGCCAGGAACCCAGGAGAACCACUGCCAGUCCGUGUAAGCAGUACUGAGAUAGAUGUGGCUGUGGUCUGACCCGGUAUAAGGCAGCUUCCUGCAUUCCUAAGCAUCCUGUUCUAAGGUAACAACAUGUACACAGGUGAUAACUGGAGAAAGUUGAAGUAGGGCAGGGAUUUCCAGCAUCAUGCUUCCAGGCCGUCUGUUGUGCCCAAGCAUGACCAAGAGCGUAUGUGAUAAAGGCUUCAGAAAAUAUCCCUACAAGAAUCCAGACUGCACAAGAGACUGUUUGCUCUUCUUGCUCAGUUCUUGUUCGCACAGGUUCAGCCUUUCUGACUUUGAACAUGCCCGUUCAGACACACUCACAUUUCUUUGGGUGCCAGGAUUGGAUGCUCAGCUUCCUGUUAGCAUAUAAGUUGUGGAAUGGGCAGCUACACACCUAGCAAGCAGCAGACUUCUCUGGUCCACAUCAGAUAAGCCAAAGUAGCUUCCAGCCUAUAACUUGGCUCCGUUUCUCCUUGUUGAAACCCCUCUCCACUCCAAAAAAGCCCUCUGCUCCUGUGGUUACUGCAAAAAUACAUAGAUACCACUGCCUGCUGUCCUUAUCUGGAGUGGUAUCAUCUCCCCCAAACUCCAUUUCAGAGAUAUUUGUGUAUCAAGAAACCAUCUUCUAAUAACUUCCAGAGGGACGUUCAUGCUAGUUUGCUGCAGCAAAACCAGCAAGAAGUUCUGUAGGACCUCAGGCAAGCUGAUUUACUAUGUCUUAAGCUUUUUGUAGAUAAGACGUUUUCCAACAUCUAUCUCCCACUAAGGAACCAUCUACUUGCCUUCCUAAUUCGUUAACGUGGAGUUAGCUUAAGAAAGGAAGGCUGGCCACCACCAACCUUGGGAACAGGAGACAAGCUGUUUAGAGAAACUGGGUUUUUUAUUCUUUUUUACUAUUAUUUCCCCAAGAGAUAGCAUUACAUCGCCAACCAAGACAGUACAAAACAUUGGCUCUAAAUAAUUAACUCCAAGCAGAAUAAAAAACAAUUAAGCAAUGCUGGUAAAAAGAAGUACCGCUAUUGGGGAAACGGCUUUGAGGGGUUGAUAUUGAUCAUUUAAAGUUCAUGAGGAAAGUGAUGGGCUUAGAAAUGGUAGCAAUGAUGGCACCCCAUGAAGUUGCCUGAGGAGGAAAUGAAUGCAUUGAGGCACCCCCAGAUGAUAACUUAGGGAUAGGCAAGUUCGUCCAUGUUUGUUUCUCUCAGGUUCUGUUUUUUGCAAUCUUAAGUUCAGCUCUCCACGUUUCUGCAUGAGUUUGCACUGUGUGUGCUGCGUGUGUUUUCUUUAAGUCCUCAUGAUGAUUCAUAGGAAUUUUAGUGCAGAUUCUAGUAUACAGCUUUGCCUAAAAUACACAUUUUUGCAAAGCGAUCUCCCCAUAUACGAUGCAUUUUGUAAGUUAAUUUUCACCAAUGUCAGCAUUUUUAUACACACUUUACCCGACCACUCUUUCACACGUUACUUGGCUGGGUAAGCGCAUUGCAAAAUUCAGAGCAGUGUGAAUUUUGAAAGCUUACCUGCAUUUUGAGUCAUGUGUUGUUUCGGAGAGUCUAAAUGAGGUAGAUCUGCCUUUAAGUGAAAACUGAAUCGGAUUUCUCCCCCACCCCGAUAAGAGCUGCCCACCUAACUUGUGAAAUCAGGGACACUCGGGGAAUGGCAUCAGGUGAUUGAUUGAUUGAUUGAUUGAUUGAUCGAUCGAUUUGAUUCACUAUAUAAUAAAUAAAUGAAAUGCUUAAAUUGAAUUUGAAGCUUAUCUCACUUUGCCACCAGAUGGGCUGUUGCUUCUGAAUAGUGCCUUAAGAGCUAUGGGUCCGCUACACUGCCAGGGAGAGGGGUGCAUUUCUGCCUCAAAGAAAAUCUAGUUCUUUGACUUGUAUAAAUUAUGCAAACGAAGGCCAUUUGCGUCAGUUCUUUCAGCACAUAAUUACAGUUUUGUAAUCUAGACAAGCUGUAUUCUUCUUUUAUCAAGGCUCAUUACAAUACUGUUGAUGGGCUAAUACAAUUAAGCAUGUAUAAUCACAGCUUUUUAGUUAUGUAGAAAGCAUUUGUGCCCACCUAUGAAACAGUGAUAGCAGCUGAUUUUCUUCCCCACCCCAAACAAAUUACCCAGACUUCUAGGAAACCCCUUCUCAAUAACCAAACGACCACAGCACAAUUUAGCCGUAUCCCACUGGCCGCAUACCCAUGAUAAAAAUCUCUGUUUAAUAAGUUGAGAGAUGCAUAGACUUCAGGAACCUGCACAAAGCUGCUUUGCUCUUCACAUGUAGAUCGAAACAAGCCAGGAAGCUGCAGUUGACCAUUAUUGCCUGUUACACGUCAAUGAGGAAACUAUGGUUCAUGUCUUCCAAACAAGCCAGGAUUUGGAAACCAACUUUAAGUCACAGCUUCAAAUUAUGGAGGUUUGGAAGCCAUCGACCAUGGUUUCCUGGUCUGGAUGUAACAGGAAACUAUAGUUAACUGGGGCUCGCUCGUUUGUUGGUUCAUUCAUGUGAAGGGAAGAAUGAAGUGAGAACAAAACAGCUACACAAAGUGUGUACACACCUUGACUUUCUAAACUGAGAGUUGAUCGCAUGUGAACAUGGCCUGCGUGGGACUGUAUUUCUUCUAAUUACUUUACAUUAGGGGUAGCUAACCUGUGACACCCCCCUCUCGGAUAUUUGUUGGACUCCAACUAGCUAGCAUGACAGUUCAGGGCAUCAUGUGGGCUACCCAUGCAUACAUCACUUCAUUGGUAUUUGAGACAGUAGUUUUGCUCAAAAUUUCUCUUGGGGCAGGCUAGUUUUUUUGUUAUCAUUGUAACCCACUCUGCUCCCCUGUGUGCAGGGAAUUUCCACUUAGCAGAGAAGUUCUUUUCAGAAAUGGGUGGUCUUUUUGGUGUAUUAUUCAAAAUUGGGGAAUAAGUCUGCCUUACAAAAAAACAGGAAAAACAUGUGAAAAAUUCUUCCUACUGAAAGGCUGUAAUGCCUGAAUUAAAUGCAGACUAUACUUCUGUUCAUAAUUCCAGCGUAUGAAAGAAAGACCCAAGAUAAAUUAAAUUAUCCCCAAUACAGGAAAUCACAGAAUACUUCAGGAAUGAAAAUAUAUGUGAAAAGAAGAAAAUGUAUUGAUCAAAGAUGUCCCAUUGGUUUGAAUGGUCAUCUUCAGUAGAAUUCUAAAUCUCCCCUGUUGAAAUCUAUAGGACUUUAAAAUGCUUGAUUUUGACUGGCUUGUGCUUGCUGCCUGCCAACACACACACACACACACACACACACACACACACUAUUUGCCUUGAGCCCUUGGGAAGAACUGAGAUGGAAAGUGAACAAAACAAACAAAUUACCCGUAAGCCAUUUUGAGCAUUUGUGCGAAUUAAUACGUUUAUUGCUCAGCUGAGAGAGUCACAUAUGUCGCUCUCGAGAAUCCUACUGACGUUUUCCUCCUUUCCCUUGCUCUUCAGGAGACAGCUUUGCAGAGUUCAAGUCUGCCGGAGAAGAUGACGGCUUCACGGAUUUCAAAACCGCCGACAGCAUCUCUCCGCUAGACCCGCCGAUGAAAGACAAACCUUUCCCUCCGCCUUUCCCUUCUCUACCUGCACAGUCGAAGCAGCCGCUGCCGCCGCAAGGAAAACCUUCUCUGAACCUGGCGGACCUGGAUCUGUUUUCCUUGGCCCCUGCCGGCGAGAACAGACCUCUCCCCUUUCCACCCGCCUACAACUCGCCCCAGCAGCCGUCUUUCCCUGCACCACCACCUCCGGCUUCUGCCGUUCCUGCGACUCUGCCGGCACCUGGCAACAGCUCAAUCCCGCCCGACGACUUUGCCGACUUCAAUCUCUUUGCGGGGUUGUCGAAUUGUACCUCGGCCGCCACUCAGGAUGAAUUUGCAGACUUCAUGGCUUUCAAUAACAGCGCCGGCUCUUCACUCAAGCAAGAGGCCAGCCCCAUUCCUCCCGCUGGCUCCUUGGCCAACACUCUGAAGAGCGGUCAGAGCUCGGCCCCCGCCUCCACCAAAUACGACAUCUUCAAACAGCUGUCUCUGGACGGCCCUGGCAUAGGCUUUGAAGAACUGAAAGACCACACCCCUUCGUCCGUGAAAAGCGAGGACGACUUUGCCGACUUCCACUCGAACAAGUUUUCCUCCAGUUCCGAGAAAUCCCUGGUCGACAAACUGGCAGCUUUCAAGCAUGCGAAAGAGGACUCUGCUUCGGUCAAGUCUCUGGACCUCCCGUCCAUCGGGGGCAGCAGCGUGGGCAAGGAAGACUCUGAAGAUGCGCUCUCUGUCCAGUUUGACAUGAAGCUGGCGGACGUGGGAGGAGACCUUAAGCAUGUCAUGUCUGAUAGCUCUUUGGAUUUGCCAACCGUUAGUGGUCAGCAUCCGCCAGCCGCAGGUGAGGAACUAGUUAGAUUGCUCUGGUAACGAAAGGCAAUGGAAAUGUCUAAAAGUGUUGCUCCCCAAGCUGAAUUUCAGUAUUACGUGCCGGUCCUCUAAACUUGUGUUCUUUGGCAAGCUGCUAAUCUCUUAACCAAGCAGUAUUACACAUUUUUCUUUGUUGUCGUCCGACGUAAUUUUUCGAUUUGGAUGAUUUGAGGUGGAUCCUGUGCCGCGUAGUAUUGCCAACACCCUCUUAGCAGCCCCAAUUCCAAGGGGGGGGGACCUCUUGUGUUCAUGGCGCCAUUCUCUGAGAGCGCCCGAGACAAGACUGCUGCCAACGAGAGGCUGCCUCACUACUCCAUAGGUGUUAUCUAACUAAUUUGCAAGUUAGCCUUUGCCCCCUCCCACUGUGCCAAGGGUUGCUCGUCUUUGGAAAGAGACCCGUCUGCUCUUGGAGACCUCAUUCAUCUCUGAAGAUCUGUAAGGUUGCAAUGUCAGAGUGAAUGUGGCACAUCUCUCAAGAAGUUUGGUGUGCAUCUCCAAGGCUCACUGCAGACGUAAUACCAGCUCCCUCUUAUAAGAUGGCAAGUUAGCCUCAAAUCCUUCCCCAGUCUUUUUUUCAGGGGGUGGGGGUGGCGAACUCCCUCUUGCUGCCUUAACUACAUUGAAGCGAUACCUUAGCACUGAGGCUCAAGUUAUGUGGCAUUUCAGUUCAGCUAGGAUUUGAUACCCACUUGAAGCAGUGGUUACAAGUCCUGAUCAAACUGAAGCACAGGUUAACCUUAACCAUGGUUAGCAACAUUGAUAAGGUACUGCUAAACCACGGCCGCAAAGUGAGGGAGUCAUACUUUUUUAUUAUUAUUUUACUCUCAGUUUAAGGCAUAACCAGUGUUAGCAUCUUCUUCAGGCCCUGUGUCUGUACUGUGAAUUUCCAUUCCCAGCCCCUCCACCUGUAUUCUGAAAUUCUGCCUCAUGCAGUCUUUGCACCCUCAUAAUCUUCAAACAGUAUAGCUGCCACGUUGUAUUUGCACAAGUUGCCGGGCAUGGACGACCCCUUGGCAGGGGAAGAAUAAAAGGCUAAUGGAGAACUCUGAUCAGUGCUCAGAACGGGGAGGCCUCUUUGGUCAGGAUUGCUGCUUUACGUUCUGUUUUUGUACACGAAGGUCCGUACUUGGGUCCAAAGAUGUCUGUGGCUUUUGUAAGGUCAGAAUGCUUUCGCCACAACACAUUUUCUUCAGGGCAGAUCCACGCCACGCAUUUAAAGCACGUCCAACACACAUGCAAAGCAUAUCACCUCCCCAAAGAAUCCUGGAACCUGUAGUUUAAGGGCACUAGGAACUGUAGGUCUGUCAGGAGAAACUACAGUCCCCAGGAUUCUUUGGGGCAGGGAAGUCAUGCCCUUUAAACGUGCUUUAAAUGCAUAGUGUGGAUCUACCCUUAGUCUGCAAGGGGAGGUUCCCAGUGGUGUGUAUCGGCAUCAGAAUCUAUACUUGAUGCCCACAUUGUGACUUUACGGAGCCUAUCUGUCUCUGUGUAAAUAAUUGACUUUUUGUAAAAAUGGGACGCCACCUUGUGUUGCGAAUCUGGAUCCACUGGUACAGUGGAAGACACUUCCCCAUAGAAAUUGUCCCAUAACUCUGCAUUAAGCAUCAGGUGACUGUAACUACCUAGCAAAAGCGAAUGGUGUGAGCCUCUUCCCACUGAGCUCCAUGGUGUAUAGAUGGGAAGGCCCUUUUGGCUGGUCCGCCUCGCAAGGUUCUGACUUUGGCUGCCGAAUCAUGGUGGGUGCUCAUGCGUUUGCAAGCUUUCCAAAAGCCAAGGGGAUCUUGUGUUGACCGUUUAUAGUAGGAAUCCUCCUCCCUUUUUUCCCUUUCCUUUUUAGAUUUCCUUUAUGAAAUUAGAGUGAAAGCAUAGAAAUCCAGUUUGGUUGCAGCUCGUUAAAACGUCACACACGUGCCCUGUUUUUGGUUUGUGCUUUUUUUAAGCCUGUAAAAACAAGAGUGGGAAAACAAUGAACUAAGCUUUUUGUGGCCUUUAAAAACAGGAGAGAAAUGACAGUAUUCCGAAACAAAAAAUUAUUCAGCGUUGGUAUUAUUUGUGGCAGGAAGGCUAUUGCUGCAAGCAUCACUUAUUUUCACAUGAACUAAAAUUCCCUCUCCCCCCUCCCCCAAUAUUGGGUAGAGCAGCAAUUUACCAUAUUACAAUCAUUUUUUUAAGUGUUGAAGGCAGGGAGGGACUGUUGGUGGCUUUAGCUAUGGAGAAUUCCUCUAACAGGGUGCAAAAUAUCAGGAAAUAAUUCUUCUUGGUGAAGAAUGAAAACAUUUUUUGUAUGUUAAAAUGCAUGGGUAUAAGGCCUGUUGGGUCGCUCAGUUCCCUGGCACCUACAAAAUGUGUGUUCUUGGAAGUUUUUACUUUGGGUUUUUCCAAAAGCACUUUUUUCCUACUAUUUUUCUAAUCUUAUCGUGUCAGUAUCUUUAUAUGUGGCUCGUUUCCCAGAGGUGAGUUUGGUGUCCAUAGCAAUUCAGUGAUAGACACUUGCCGUUUGAUUUGUGUUGAGAGAUGGAUCUUGGGUCCAAAUGCUGGGUUAAGCAGAUCAUGUUCUUUGAUGCAAAGUGUGUUAAACUUUUUAAGUGUUGAUAAUCAGGAGGCUGACAGGGUGUUUUUGUUGGUUUGUUUUUGCUUUGUCUUUUCCAAGACUGCAAUGGAAGCUUACUUUCUAGUGCCAACUCCAAUGUAUUCCUCAAGGGGGCCGGUUCAGUCCUAAUGCUUCCUAUGCCCUAACCUCAGUCAUGGCUCAGCAAUGGAUCACAGAGACUCCCUUCUGGCACUUGAGUUCCCACCAUUCAUAACUAUGGUUCACUCUUACAGCUGCAUCAAAGCUAACCAUCCUUGCUGCCACUUAGAGUUGACGGCUAGUCUCUGUUGGGAGUCAACCCUGAUUAGCAUUUCCCACGGUUAACUCCGUUGCAGCUGUAAUGAGAGCUGCACAGCCCUUUUGCUCCUUCCUUUAUGCAAGUGGAGAGAUGAGCUGGGAACCUGCUGGCUUCCCCUUUAUUUCCAGACUGAGAAAUUAUGGUUAAUGGAUGACACCCGGUGUGGAUUAUUUCCAGAGUAAAGCUAUUUAAAACCAUGUCUGUUCAUUUCAGCAGGUCUGCUCUCAGGUCUGACUUGGCUGUUUCACCCAAAGGCUUCCAGGCAACUUAGGAUAUGGAGCCUUGAUUUUAAAUUAGUUUCAGAAUCCUGGCUUGUUUGGGAGCCCUUGACCAGAGUUUCCUGGUUUAUGUGUAACAAGAAACUGUGGUUAAGUGCAGCUGCAUGGCUUGUAUCUUCACUUGGGAUAAGGGAAGACUGAAACACGCAAAAUGGCUGCAUUAAGCUGUACGACCAGAGGGUGAUCCCUUAAACAUAGUAAAAUGGCAGGAAGUAUUACAUCUGCUCUGGUCCAGACACUUUUUUAAAUUAUUAUUAUUAUUAUUAUUAUUAUUUGGUCCUUGUCUGAAGUCUCUUACAUCAUUCUCUCAAUUCUUGUUUGUUAAAUCAACUUUUUUUGUGCUCUGGCGUUUCCAUAUGCGUGUGUAUAUAUGUUCUGAAGCAUUUCAAGCUCUGAAUUGAUAAUGUUCAAGUGUCUAUAUAACUUUAUUUGAAGUUUACAUACUUUAAGUAGACUUUUGAUUCCUGUUGGUCUGUAAACUGAAAUGUCAGAAAGGGACAGUAUCCCUUUUAUAUAUUUAUUCCUUGAUUUAGGAGAAAUGGCUGGUCAGCCGUUGGGCGCUUAACUUUGUGUUGUCUUCAGAAGGGGCUCCUCCACAAGAGAGGUUCCUGUCAAAAAAGUGAGCAUGUAUGUAGAACUGAAUUUAUCUGAAUGUUUCAGUUUUGGCACAGCAAAGAGAAGGACCUAGGAAUUUAGAGGCAGUGAUGAGUUAUAGUGACAAGAAGGGAUGAAUGUUAGGCCAGUUGUGGGGGUGGGGGGAGAUGUCAGAGUCUGUCCCCUUUCAGCCAAAUUGCCUUAACUUCUCUAGGUUGGGGUGAAGCAGAGAGACUUCUUUUCCAAAUGCUUUCAAGGGGAUACUGUCUCUUUAAACUUUGCUAUAUGAUUCCUUGUGCAGAAGGCAGCCAAUAUGAAAAAUGUGGCUAGAUUUCAAUUGGGGGGGGGGGUUUAACCUCUGACAAACUUUGAACUUUCUAAGCCCUUGCUGCAUGUUAAUUUCAACCAGGCUACUGCUGCUGCUUUCUUUGCCAAAUUUUAACCCUUUCCCUCCCCUCCAAUUCUCUUGUCAAUUUGAAUUGUUUGGUGUUGGGGUCUUUUUCUUUCCCAAUCCUUCCCUGUCUUUGAAUAAUGCAGCCAGGGCAAAUACCCUCGCCUGCAAAUUUAAUGGAAGAUUGCAUAAUUUCUUGAACCUGCAGGCCGAUAGUCCUUCUCUCCUACCCCCACCACACCUUGGUGCUUAUUGGGGGUAGGGGAGAGGAAUCUUCAUAAAUUGAAAUUGGGCCACAGAUCCCCCAAUUUUUGCUGUCAGUUUUCCUCCCCCUCUGAUACCUUUAUUUGAACUCGACAUUUCCUUGUGUGAAUGUGCCUUUUCGAAUCUGCUUAGAUAUCUCUCUCUUCUGCAAAAAGACUGACCUGCAUGCUUUGAUUCUGAUGACUGCCCUUACGAGCUCCUGUAUAGCGUUCUCUUUUGCGAUCUGUAAGUCCUGCUGUGUUAAAUAAAUAUUUAUCUUGGCAUAUUUUGAAAGUCUGAGCAUGUGUGGUUUUUCUUCCCCCUCCCCACUUUUUUAAAGAGUCCAGAAAUGCAUCUGGUUGCCAUCAGCAAAAGAAAUUUUAAAAAAAUUAAGCCCUUAAAAGUUUAAAGCAAUUGUAUCCCCUUCCACUUCAAACGUCUCUCUCUCUCUUAAAAUCUUCCAGAGGGGUAGCUGCAUUAGUCUGUUGCUGCAAGAACAACAGAGUUAUUACAACAUAAGCUUUUGGGGACUAGACUGCACUUCAUGAGAUAUGUGAAGUGAAUUCAUCGGUUUUCUGAGAUAGCAAUUAUUAUGUCAUUGUUGCUGGCCAUUCACAGAAGAGUUGUCGGUAACACAGACACCCUGAUAUUGGAAGCCAGUUACCACACAUAGUGCGACAAACAUGCAUUGUUCUCAUCCAGUACACAGUGAUGGACAAGAGCUCUGUUUGUGGCUGAGAGACACGUUGCUCAGGCUCAAGAGCUUGGGCACAGUUUCUAGGGCAUUAUAGGGCCAAGGAUAACAAUUCAUGAAGGGUGAUAGCUAUGUCCUCCCUUCUUAGACGCACAAGCCCUGCUGGAUCUGCCCUGAACCUCCGGACAGUCAUCUUCCUUGGAUAUCCACAAGUCAUAGUGUUACGAGAGAGGGAGGAAAACUUUUCUCUGUCCACUUUCUCUCAGCCGUGCAUAUUUCUGCCAUGCCACCUCUUGCUUGCCUUUUCGCUGUAAACAGGAGGAGUUGCACCAUCCAGCCUUCCUCCACAAAACUAUUGAGUUGCUGAAGCAAGGCAUUCUGUCCCGCUUGCCUCUCUGUGCCAACUCCAUUUUCUCCCUUCCUUUCCAACUGGCACUCUGUUUUCUUUGGGUUCUGAGCAUGCUUAGUCCUCAUUGGUGUAUAUUUUUUUUUGGAGGGCUUUUGUGCCCCCUUAGGGUCUGUUUUCAAGAUGAUGUCAUCCUUCUGCAAACCUCAGAGUUCUCCCAAAUCCUACUUCUCUGUGGCCCACUUCAGCUCCCGUUCUUCUGGAGCUCCACUGUUCGCUACUAGAGAUAACAUUCUUCCCCUGCCCCCCAGCCAACUAGAGGGGGGGUUCCCAUGAAAGUACAGUGGUACCUCGGGUUACAGACGCUUCAGGUUACAAACUCCGCUAACCCAGAAAUAGGACCUCGGGUUAAGAACUUUGCUUCAGGAUGAGAACAGAAAUCGCGCGGCAGCAGUGGGAGGCCCCAUUAGCUAAAGUGGUGCUUCAGGUUAAGAACAGUUUCAGGUUAAGGAUGGACCUCCGGAAUGAAUUAAGUACGUAACCAGAGGUACCACUGUAAUAAUCUGCAGAUGAAGGCUUCUUUCCAGGUAUGGGGGAACAUAAGAAGGGCUGCCUCACAUCUAGUCUGACCGUUGGCUCUCUAGCUUUUAGUAUUGUUUACACUGAUUCACAGCAGCUUUCCAGAUUUUCCAGUAGGGGCCAUUCCUAGCUCUACCUGGAGAUGCCGAGGCUUGAACCUGGGACCUUGUGCAUGCUGGGCAGUAGACACAGCUACUGUGUACACACUGCAUGUCUAAAGCCCAUGACGUCCCCCAAAGAAUCCUGGGAACUGAAGUUUGUUGAAUCAUAGCUCUGUGUGAGGUGAACUACAGUUCCCAUGAUCCUUGCGGGGAAAGCCAUGUGCUUUGAAUGUCUAGUAUGUGGGCCCUUAGCCAUGAUGCCUACAAUUUAUAUCCAGUUGCCGGGUAUCGCAGGUGGAGAGAGUCCUGCCAUGCUCAGGUCCUGCUUUGUGGUUUCCCAUUGAAGCAUCUGGUUGAUUGCUGUGAGAGCAGGAUGCUGGGUCUCUAAUCUGAUCCAACAGGUGUGCUCUUAUUUCCUUACAGCAUUUGCUCCACUGGCUAGGGUCGGAAAAGACUCUCAUGGAUCAGCACCAUUUACUUAGCGAGGGGGCAGGUAGGGCAUACCAUGCAUAUUUUGUGGCUGUACCUGUGAUCAGGCCUUAAGGCAGCCUGGUGCAGUUUCCAAAGGGUGGAAGAUUUGAGGGCGAUGACUGGAUUAUCCGCAAGGCCAACACACCAAAGAACUGAGUGGAGAUGAGCUUUGCCGUGCGCGCUCAAAGAAUUGUGGGGAAAGCUUGUAAAAGGGGCAGCUUUAAAAAGGGCCACCAACGUUUCAUUUAAAGUGGUUUAGUUCCCCAAAGGAAUCCAAGAUGGCUAACAAUUUAAGAAAAGAACCACGCCUAACAACACCCGUGUUAUUUAUUUCACGAGAUUUAUGCACCACUCCAUUGUAAGAAAGCUUCAAAGAGGUUCAAAAGGAUAAAGCAAUGAAAUUGUCAGUAAAAAGGGUUGAAACCCAUUAUAUAAAAUCUUCAAAGGAUGCGUAAUAUCAAUGAUUAAAAGCAGAUUAAAACAAAUGUCAACACUCUACAUAUCUGGGUAAAGGUAAGGGUAAAGGGACCCCUGACCAUUAGGUCCAGUCGUGACCGACUCUAGGGUUGCAGCGCUCAUCUCGCUUUAUUGGCCGAGGGAGCCGACGUACAGCUUCCAGGUCAUGUGGCCAGCAUGACUAGGCCGCUUCUGGCGAACCAGAGCAGCGCACGGAAACGCCGUUUACCUUCCCGCCGGAGCGGUACCUAUUUAUCUACUUGCACUUUGAGGUGCUUUCGAACUGCUAGGUUGGCAGGAGCAGGGACCGAGGAAUGGGAGCUCACCCCGUCGCACGGAUUCGAACCGCUGACCUUCUGAUCAGCAAGUCCUUGGCUCUGUGGUUUAACCCACAGCACCACCCGCGUCCCUACAUAUCUGGGUAGUCUUGCCUAAACAGAAACAUUUUCAGCAAGAGUACUGGAAAGAGUACAGCAAAGUGGCCUGCCUGAUAUCACUAGGCAGGGGAGCUCCAAAGUGAGGCUGCUGCCACACUAACAAGCAGCCUUUCAACAAGGGCGAUGACCAGUCCAUUUAAAGCCACCAGGUUUUUGCUGGCCUCCUGAAACGGUAAAGUGGCCUUAGCCAACCUGGGUCCUGCCAGAUGUUUUGGACUACGACUGCCUAGGAAUGGUGGGAGUUGUAGUCCCAAACAUCCAGCUUGCGGAAGGUUGCAGUAUAGAGAUGGCCUGGUGAACCUCAGUUGGCAGAGCAUUCCACAGGGUAGGUCCCACUACAGAAAUGAACCGUAGUUUGUGCCAGCUUCAGUCGCACACUAACCAGGUGAGUGUUGAUGCCUUUGGGGAUGUGUUCCAGGGUGUGUGGGUAGAAGCCUUAUUCCCACCCACCGCCCAUUCCAGUUUUCUAAGGCAGGGAAGCUCUGCUCGUGUUUCAGCCCCGUUGCCAGAAAUCCAGAAUGAAACUUAAGUUUUAAUGCAACAUGAGCCUGCCAAGAAGUAGCGAUGGCUUUAUAGGGGAGAAGAGACUAUCAAUGGCGUCUAGUCCUGAUGGCUGUAGGCUGCUUCUGGUAUCAGAGAAAGUUUGUUUUAAAAGAAAACCCACACCUAGCAUUUUGGCAUCCGCAGGGUUGGGUUGUGGCUUUUCAGUAAUGAGUCAAACAUGUAAAGCAGAGGUGAGGAACAUGUGGCCUUCAAGAUAUUGCUGCGCUCAGCAUCCCUGGUCUGCUCACCAGUUGACUUGGAGUCCAGCAACAUCUGGGAAGGGAUCACACGUUCCCCAUCCCCACCAUAAACCUCUUCCCAGUCUUGUCUACUCUGACGGGCAGUGGGCCUCCAAAGUCUUGGGGCAGAGAAGGGUCCUCCCAGGCUCUCCUGCCUUGGGAUGGGGAAGCUGUGGUCCUUCAGAUACUGCUAGACCCCCAGCUCCCAUCAACCCAGACUGGUCAUGCUGUGGAAGGGCUGGUGUUCAUUGGAACUGGUGGGGCACACAGCAGGGAGCCCCAAAUAGGUGAAGCCAGAGCCAGUGGGAGACAGGGCUAACUAAUUCCAGUUUUGCCUCCUACCUCCUCCUGCCUGCUGAGUUGUACAAGGGUGGGCACUGAGGCUAAAGAGGAGGAAUCUAAUGGGCACUGCGACACUGUGAACCAGCUGUAUUUAAGAAGGAAGGCAGGUGAGGCCUGGCUGGAGGCAGACUGAGCUACGUGGGGCAAUGCCCCAUUUGCCUUAAUGUACCAGCCUUCACUGGAGUCCAACAACAACUGGAAGGCCACAGUGUCUCUUAUUCCUGAAGCAAAAUAAGAACAGCCUAGUGCUGCGUUGAAACGCAGUGGUUAGGAAAGCCUUCUAGAAAGGGUAUGUCUUAGCUGUCUGCUGAAGGUCAGGUAAAGAUGGAGUCGGGCCAGCUUCCCUUGUUCUGUAGCUGUGGAUUUACAAGAACAACAAUCUUUGAGCCCUGAUCUUUGAGCUCAGACACUGUACUUAUGAUGGCAGAGGAUCAUAGAGCAGGUUUCACAGGUCAGUAGGUACAGAUGGGAGCUGCCAGUUUUUGACAUACUCUAGUGUUCUCCAAAAUGGCACCAUCUUUGGAUUUGACUUGUGUCACUGUUUGCUGAAAACACUGGUCACUACUGCUUCUAAUGGUUGGGUCUUCUCCUUCUCUUUUUCUCUGUCUCUCCCUUUCUAGAUCUCGAUGACUUGAAAGGGACCACCUUUGGAAGCUUCAGCAACGGCUCCACUCUGAGUGGCUUCCCAAGCUAUGAUUGGUCUGACAAAGACGACGCCUACCAAAGCAGGAAGUCCCUCCCCUUCCCCUUUCCUCCAGGAAGUGGCUCCUCCUUGGCCACCUCCAUCCUCCAGAAGAAAGAGACUCUGUUUGGCAGCUCGGAGAACAUCACCUUGACCACUGUUUCCAAAGUCACCACCUUUGCAAGUGAGGAUGCUCUCCAGGACGUGAAGUUCUCACCUUUUGCUAACUUCAAAGAACCUGACCCUCAGUCUGCGGACCUGAGUGACGAUGACGUUGAAGGCUUUGGGGAGUUUGCAAGGCCUUUGGCAGAGACCUCUGGAAGCCCAGCUGUAGGCACGCCCCAAGAGGCUGACUCAGCUGGCCUCUCCGUAGAAGCAGCCAAAGAAGGCACAGAUGACUUUGGAGAGUUUCAGAGCGAGAAGCCCAAAAUCAGCAAAUUUGACUUCUUACUGGCAACUUCCCAAGGGAAGGUGAAAUCGAGUGAAGAAAUGAUCAAGAGUGAGCUUGCAACGUUCGACCUCUCUGUUCAAGGUGAGUGCCUACAUUGGCCUCCAGUUGUUCUGGACUACAGCUCCCAUCAGCCCCAGCCAAAGAAGGGGCCUUGCUCCCUGCUAGAGCAUCUGCUUUGCAUGCGGAACAUCCUGGAGAAGCAAGAUGCAGAACUGCAUAAGCCCUUGUUCUGAUUCAGCAGAGCUGCUUUUUAGGAAAGUAUUUGCAAACUACAUUUGGCCUCUGAUCUUCCUAGCCUGCAUAGUAUCAAGCAAUUCUUUAACACUUUAGGGCAAGUAACUUGCUAUUAUUUUUAACUGAAGUUUUGAUUUUCACGGAUCUGUGUUCUGCCUCUCAGUGCAACAUUCAUAUUGACCUGGUUUGCACAGAACACUAAGCCAUGGUUCGUUUAACAAAUCAUAACUCAGUCAUGAGUUGUCCCACAGAUGAGCCAACAAACUCUGUCUUCUUUCUCCAAAGUUUGGUUUAUUUUCUAGCUGCUAUCGCUCUUGCCUCAUGUCUUUGUACCUUGGUUAGCAUCUGGGGAGGGGCGGUCAAACAAAGCAUGGUUAAGGAAGGGUGCUGGCUUCACAUAUAACACCAAACCAUAUUUAAAACAAAUCAAACUUUGUAACACAGUAGCAAACCAUGGCUUCGGGUAACGAUUUUUUGGCAGUAAACAAACCAUAGUAAAGCCACUGAGCAGGGUUCUCACAUAAUGCUAAGCCAUGGUUUAAUAAAACAUAGUUGAACAAACUAUUGCUUAGUGUUACGUGUGAACGAGGCCAAGGUCUUUUCUUCUUCUUUUUCAUAGAAUAAUAAAAUUGUAAAGUUAGAAGGGUCAUCUAGUCCAACCCCCAGUAAUGCAGGAAUCUCAGCUAAAUCAUAUGUGACAGAUAGCCGGUUAACCUCUGCUUAAAAGCCUCCAAGGAUGAGAGUCCACCACCUCUUUUGGGAGUCCGUUCCACUGUCAGACAGUUCUUACUGUCAAAAAGUUCUUUUGAGGUUCUUAUUCUUAAGGCUCUGUUCAGAACUGGGGCAUACACACAACCCUGACUUUCAUGUGUUGUGUUUCUUUCCAGGAUCUCACAAACGGAGCCUGAGUUUGGGCGACAGAGAGAUCAGCCGCUCCUCACCUUUGCCACCUCCGGAGCAGCCGUUUCGAGAUCGGUCAAAUACCCUCAGUGAGAAGCCAGCCCUGCCCGUCAUCCGAGACAAGUACAAAGAUCUCACGGGGGAAGUGGAGGUAAGGAGAGAUUGUCAGAGAGGAAUUCCGGGAGGCCUAUCCUCUUUUAGGGACCUGGGUGGCGCUGUGGGUUAAACCACAGAGCCUAGGGCUUGCCGAUCAGAAGGUCGGCGGUUCGAAUCCGCUGACGGGGUGAACUCCCGUUUCUCGGUCCCUGCUCCUGCCAACCUAGCAGUUCGAAAGCACCUCAAAGCACAAGUAGAUAAAUAGGUACCACUCCGGCGGGAAGGUAAAUGGUGUUUCAGUGCACUGUUCUGGUUUGCCAGAAGCGGCUUAGUCAUGCUGGCCACAUGACCAGGAAGCUGUACGCCGGCUCCCUCGGCCUAUAGAGCGAGAUGAGCACUGCAACCCCAGAGUCGGUCACGACUGGACCUAAUGGUCAGGGGUCGCUUUACCUUUACCUUAUCCUCUUUUAACAGCUGAACAUACGUGUAGGAAUCACAGAAUAGAAUUUCCUGGACGUUACCACUAGAGACUGCAGGUGUGGUACAUUCUCAGACAUUAUAAACAAAACUUUUUGCUUGUGGGGAAAAAAGAUAAUUACAUUCUCCUCUUCCUGAGUUUUCUAUACUAAGGGAGUUGUGUUUUAAUAGAGAGGGAGCAUAUUGGAGUUGAGAUUUCCCCUUCUUGCUGUGCAAAGUGGUAGAAUCCCAGAAAGGACUAUGCCACAAUAUUGCUGAACGUGUAGAAUCAUAGAAUUCUAGAGUUGGAAGGUGCCCCCUGAGGGCUGUCUAGUCCAGCCCCCUGCAAGGUUCUUUGGUGGUGGUGUUCAGAUAGUGCUGCUUUGGAGCUUUUCAUCCCUGCCAUCCUGGCAUGCAGGAUGUAUUUCGCCUAGGUUAGAAAUACAGAAACAUAGGAAACUGCCUUAUGCUGAGUCAGACCAUUGGGUCCAUCUAGAUCAAUACUGUCUGCACUGACUGGCAGCGGCUUUCCAGGGUUUCAGGCAAGGGGACCUUCCCACCCCUACUUGGAGAUGCCAAGGAUUGAACCUAUGACCUUCGGCAUGCAAAGAAAAGGCUAUACCACUGAGCUAUGGCCCUUCCUCAAAGGAAACUCUCUCCAUCUUUCUAUAUCCUCCAACCAGUGUGGGCUUGGGUAUAUUACAUUGAUGGACCACUUCCCAAUCUCCACAUGAAAACCACCUGUAUCUUUCUGGGAGCUUUCCUUGCUUUUUGCUACCUCUGUGUAGCAGGGGAGGGGAAUCACUUAUAAGGCAGUCAUUACUAGUUCUGAUUUAUUUGUUUAUUUUUGAAACCUGUGGAAUUCUGCUUCUUCUUUUCCACCCAGGAAAGUGAGAGAUAUGCCUAUGAAUGGCAGAGAUGUUUAGAAAGUGCUCUCCAGGUAAGUACGUCAAAAUAACAUCCUUCUCCUUUGUAUACCUCAUGUGGAAUGGUCAUAGGUUUUGAUACUGUGUGCAUGCGCCAGCGCCUAUGCAUAAAUGCACAGAUAGAAAAGAGUUACUAUCAUUUAAUUAGAACUACAGUACAGUGGUACCUCAGAAGUCAAACGGAAUCCGUACCGGAAGUCCGUUCGACUUCCAAAAUGUUCGGGAACCAAGGCGUGGCUUCCGAUUGGCUGCAGGAAGCCCCUGCAGCCAAUCAGAAGCUGCGGAAGCUGCAACGGAUGUUCGGGUUCCAAAGAACGUUCGCAAACUGGAAAAAUCACUUCCGGGUUUGCGACAUUUGGGAGCCAAAAUGUUCGCCUGUCAAGGUGUUUGACUACCAAGGUACGACUGUACAUCUCACCGCAGUGGGAAACCACCAUCUGCUGGGGUGGAGAGGAAUAAUUUACGUGUGAAAAUGGGUGGAGGAUUAAAUCUAUAGAUUAAAAUUUAAACCUCCUAUCCCACAUGUGUGGGAGAAAUGCAAAAAUAAGCAGGCUUUCUAGCAGAGGAAAAACACUUGGAUGUUUUGCAGCUUUCUGAAGCGUAGGAAUAAAGCAGUUAUACCAUUUUUUAUCCCUUUUUGUUUGUGGUCUUCUGACCUUCCUUCCUUUUCACCCCCAUUGCGGAGAAUGAACCACCUGUUUUUUAGUAAGAUAAACAAAAAGGUUUACUUACAUUUCAGUGCAGGCAGAAAAUACAGCAAAGUAGUUUGCAGAAAAAUAUUUCUAAUAUUACAGCAGAAUAAAAAUUGGUGGUCUCAAAAUAGGGUACCUGUGUCUGGAACCCCCAGAGACACAUUUGCUUGUCUUGGAAGCAAGGUGAAUGGAGAAAGUCUCCUCAGACGUGAAAGGAACUGUUACAGAAUUCCUGCCCAGAGGAGGCAACGGAAGUGGCCACACAGAGAGAGGGUUCUCUCUAGGAAGUUUAAGGACUCUCCGUGUACUAACUCUGUUCUUGUCUAACAAAACAUGCAUUUGUGAUUGGGCUGCAAACCUCUGGGUGGAGCCAGAGGCAACAGUGGGUGGAGCAACAAAUGCAAAUUUUUGCCUUUGUACAGUUGGCUAGUUUCUACACCCAUUCCACACACCCCUCUUUCCUCCACCAAUCAGACAAGCAAGAGGCAUUGCCAAAGUUCAGGGACGCACUCCAGCCAGGCAAAACCACCUGGGUUGGGAAGCAGGGCUGCUGCAGGGGGUGGUCUGGGGAGGUUUCCAAGGGCCAGACGGCGAGACCUCCAGGGCCACAUGCAGCCUGAAGUUCCUCUUCUCUGGCAUAAUGUGAAUGCACGGAUGUGGCAGAUAUUUUGGAGAUAAGCAGGCCUGGGCUGGAGGCUCCAUGGGGAUGCUAUGAACACUGUCCUGAGUUCAGCAAGAACGAACAAACGUCUCUUGUGUGUUAGGUCAUCAAGAAGGCAAACGACACCCUGAACGGAAUCAGCAGCUCCUCAGUCUGCACCGAAGUGAUCCACUCCGCGCAAGGCAUGGAGUACUUAUUAGGUAUGGAUUUUACCGCAUCUCAUGAAGAUGAGGAAUUAAAACAGGGAGCAAAUACACCCUACAGCUCUGCUUGGGAUGUGCCUCCUUUUUUUUAAGCAGAAGGAGAAAAGUAUUUUCCCACUUUCUGAAACCUCAUUUGUUUUUGUUUUUUCCCCUACCUCCAUCUACCCUUUAGAUUUCUCUGAAGUUGAUGCGCUGUGUGAGAUUCUGAUGCUCUUGUUUUAUUUAUUUAUUUAAAAAAUGUUUAUAGACAUCUAUUUCAACAACCAAAGUCAAAGUGGUUUGCAACUAAGUUACAUAAAAGCAUACAAGGGUGUGUGGCCCGGGGAGAAUUCUGAGGGCCAGAGAUAGAAGCCUGGAGGGCCACAUUCAUUUUGGUUCCUCACUCCUGCCGUCUGAGAGUUGCCAUGCCUCCUGUGACCUCUCCACCCUCACCUUUGAUCUCUCAACAGGGGUUGUCGAGGUUUAUAGAGUCACCAAACGGGUAGAGCUGGGCAUCAAAGCCACAGCCGUCUGUAGCGAGAAGCUCCAGCUACUACUGAAGGACAUUGACAAAGUGUGGAACAACCUGAUCAGUUUCAUGUCGCUUGCUGCUUUAACGGUAAGGCCUUUUGUGUGGUACGUCUCUUGUGGUGGGCCCACUUAGGCAUAUUUUGCUCUGCUCCCAGUGUUCAGACUCUGAGUGCCGUUGGAGAUACGGAUUGUUUAGAUGUGCUUAAUGCUUUUUGAUUGCUGUAAAUAAUCUUUUGUUUCUCAAUGGUUCUUUUAUUUUUUAAUUGUUUGCUGUGCUGAGCUGCUUUGGGUGAAAACAUGAGACAGAAAUUUAAUAAUGAUGGUGAUGGUGAUGCAGCCAAGGCUAGAUGGACAAAAAGUAGACUGUGUUUCUGUGAACCAAGAUAGCAUGGAAGAUAGAAGGUAGAGAACAGAUUAGAAGAGGGGUCAGCAAACAUUUUCAGCAGGGGGCCGGUCCACUGUCCCUCAGACCUUGUCUGGGGCUGGACUAUAUUUUGGGGGGGAAAUGAUGCAAGAGCACCACACGCCCCGGUGGUUGCUUACCUGUGUCUUGUGAGUGGCAGGGGCUGGUGGUGGUGGCAGCAGCGGGACAAUGAGCAGCAUGUGAAAGGGCUCUGGAGAGGGGCUGCUUAAAUUGGCGGCCGCUCGAGUGCUGCUGCUGCUGCUGCUGCUGCUGCUGCUGGCACCAGCAAAGCCCAGCUCCCUUCCUCCUCUAGGCAGGGCGGGGAGAAGCCAGGAGGAGGGAGGGAGGAGGUGGCGCCGCCACCAUGUGAGGGAGGGGGAAAGAACGCACGCACUGGCGAUCCACACGGCGAUUCUCGGACCGUCUGCGGGCUGGAUCCAGAAGGCAAUUGGACUGGAUCUGGCCCGUGGGCUUUACUUUGCCUAUUCAUGGAUUAAAAGGUAGAAGGCAGCUUAGAAGAAGUUGGAAGCUAGAAGAGACCAUGGAAGAUAACUUAGAACAAGGCAGAAGAUAGGUACUUAUGAGCAAUAUACUGAUUCCGACCUCUGUUGUUCCUCCUACAGCCUGACGAAAACUCGCUCGAUUUUUCCUCCUGUAUGCUUCGCCCGGGAAUCAAAAACGCCCAAGAACUGGCUUGUGGGGUGUGCCUCUUGAAUGUAAAUUCUCGAAGCAAAGUAAGUAGAGGCUGUGUCGUCAUCGGUUUUUUUUUACAUCUCCCCACCUAUCUCAACCCGUUUGCAUUUGCUGCCUUCCACCCUUGCAUUUGCUCCACUAAUUUUAACAAGCACCCGGAGCAUCCAGCGACCUCAUCGCAAGUAGCUUUUGUAGAAAGCCGCAUCGCGGGCAGAGCUGAGUUCCUUCCGAAACACCCUCUGCCGCCCGUCCGAAUGCAUGUUGUUGCUGCUGCGGCUGCUUCCAGCUCGGGUGGAGACCCCAGGCAGCCUUAGUGGAGCCCGCAAAGUUGGGAAGUAAGAGAUACGAGUCCCUGGGCCUGUGUGGAUCCACCCAGCAAGGCAACACAGUCUUCCUCAAAUAAAAGUGUAGUGGCCUUCCAGAUAUGAGACUCAAACUCUUGUUAGCCCCAGCUGGCAUGGCCAGCAGCCAGGAAGGAUGAGAACUGCAGCUGGGCAACGUCCAGAGAAUCUCAAGUUACCCGGCAUUGUUUUAUAGGGCAAGAGUCAACACUGUGAUGCCCUCCAGUGAUGGGCGUUGCAGUCUGACAGUACCUGUCGGGUCACAGGUGCUCCCGAUUACUUGUAACUUAUUUCCUAGGCAACUGGAGGGUUGACUCUGGAGUCAGGAGUCCCCUGCAGCCGGCUUGGAGCCUCGUAUCUUCUUUCUUCGUAAGAGACAAGCCCCACAGCCUUCAGAAACUCAGAUUGUCAGUGGGAUAUAUUGGAGCAGCUCUAAAAACCCCGCUGUGUGGAGCGGGAUGGGGACUCUUAAAACAGGAGCGAGUUUGGUUGGCAGCCAGCUCCCCUCUUUUGGCGAUUAUGUUUUGACCCUUUUCUGGUUUCGACGUUGUUUUCAGAAAGAAGAGAAGCCUCCGGAGGAACCUCCUAGAGAAGUACGGACCCGUGAAAGCUAUAUAUAUAUAUUUCCUUUUAAUGUUUGCCCUAAGCAAGGUGGUAGCAGGGACCGUUGCCACCCUCCUCCGUUUGUCUCCAAUUAACAAUUUCUGUGCCUCUCCCUCUCUCUAACCUCUCAAUUUUAAUCAACUAACUCGCACUCGAGUCCGUUCCCCUAAAGGGCCUGGUUCAAACUGAAUGCUUAGUGCAAGCCUGCAAGCAUGUGGGCCUUCCAGAAAGGAGACAAGUAGCUGCUUUGUUCCGUCCUGUGGUCCUGCUGCUGCCUGAUAAACCACGGUUUGUCCAAGUGUGUCAUCUGAACCCAGUUUCAUGGCUUGUCUCACUCUAGACAAACCGCAAGCUCUGAUCAAAGUUAGUUCUAGACUUCACCACUCGUGAGGAGAUGAACGGCAAGCCCGGGUCCAGAUGAUGCGCUGAGCCUAAAGCUGGGACAGAGGAGGAUCGAAGAAGGGACACUCUCCUCUCGGGGAGCCUGCAUUCUUGCACAUUCCCACUAAUCCAUGGUUUCGCUUAGUGCUGCGCAGAAACCGAGUCUUUCUCGUGUCGGCAUGCCUGUUGCUUUGUGAAUAGAUCUGCUUUUUUGUGGUGGUCUGUGUUGUGGUGUGGCAGAAAGAGUUGUCUGUGUCGUUGGCUCCUACCUAUCUCGCCUUGCGUGUUUGUGGCAGGAGGGGCUUGUGCCGUCCAUCCCCACUGUGCAUGAAGAUGUUAAAAACUUUUCAGGUUUUGAUGGUUGGGGAGGUCUGUGGGGGUCACCUUCUCUUUCAAGUUUGUGGGGGGGUCUAGUUCAGCCUGAUGACUGCUUCUCCUAGCUCCUGCGUGUUUUUCAAGGUGUGGGGUUCUGUGUGCUCCACGAUUCCUCCAUGGGAGCAAAGACUAGCUGGGCUCCAUCAUUUGCAACAAAUUAAGGGGCUUUACCCAAGGAUACUUCAUUUAUUUUUAUCCACACAAGUGGGUCUGUGCAAAGUUAGGGGUUGUUUUCAAAGCUGGUGUACAGUCACCUUAUUAUACUCCUACAGCUGUUUCUCACACGAUUACAUAGAAUCUCUUAAAGUCAUGGAAGUGUUUUGCAUUCUGGAUAUCUGAGCAGUGAAUAGCUGCGACUUCAGACCAGCGAGAAAACAAGUGCAUUUCUUCCACUCCCCCAAAAGCAGCACUCUUCCCAAAGUACUCCACGUGCUUGCUCAGCCAUUGACAAAUCAGCCCUAGGGUGUUUGUGUGUGUGGGCUGCUUCCUUGAAAAGCGGCUUGCCAGCAACGCCCAAGUCGGAAACUGCUCUCAGGUGCAUUUCAGCUCCUUUGUGGUUUCCCACGCUAGAUUUAAGCCGGCAAAACCUUGCAGUGCGUCUCCCUUGCCUCCUAAUGGGAGUGCCCCCGGUUCAGGGUUCUGCCGUGCUUUCUCCCAUGAUAUAAUAUCACACGAUUUGGCAGGCUGGCUGGAUUUCACAUGAAUUUUGGGGCAAGGGGAACAUUCCCCUGCUGGGAUGCAGCCAUCCAAAAGGUCCCUUCUCUUUCUAGGAAGGGCAGGCAGUGCUUUUCAGUCCAAAUUCUACCUUUGUACAGCAGCCCAGGGUCUACAUGCCAUCUCUGCAUCCAGGCAAGCGAGAGGCACGAUCAAGGACACAUUUGCAGCCAGGAAAGCAAGUGGUCUGGGUGUGAAGCAAGGCCAGUGAGGGGUGUGGCCUAGAGAGGGUCCUGAAGGCCAGGUAAAGAGGCUUAGAGGGCCGCAGGCCUAAGGUUCCUCUCACUCCUUGUCUUAUAGCCUCCUGCCUUGCCUGAGAUGGAAGGAGCACCGUGCCAUAAACAAACAAAAUAGAUUCUGCCUUCAACCAGCCUCUUUCUCUUCCCACUUCUUUAAAAGAGCUGUCUUUAAAUGCUCUUUUCGAUCGCACAAAUUGGAGAUUGAGGACCCUCUGUUGCUGGUUUAUCCCAGAGCUGUGGCCAUGGUUUGAUGGCGAUGGCUUGCAAGCUGUAAGGAAGCUCCACAAAGAGACUGAAUGUGUUUGUUGGCUGUCAAUGUGUGCCUGUGCGUCGCCGGCAUCCAGACCUCUCUCCGUGGCGCAAUGUUUCAGCACAUGGGAGCAUCCCGGUGGUUCCUAACUGUGCUGUUUGUUUGUUUCCCCUCUUCUUCCCCGCAGGCCUUUAACUCGGAAACGGACAAUUUCAAACUUGCUUACGGAGGGCACCAGUAUCACGCCAGCUGCGCCAACUUCUGGAUCAACUGCGUUGAGCCCAAACCCCCGGGCCUCAUUUUGCCUGACCUACUUUAAGCGGACUUUGUUCCUUCACCUUCGGCUUGGUCUCGAUAGGGGAAGAAUACACUGGAGGGGCAGUGGGGGUGGGGUGGGGAGGGCUGUCAGUAGAUGUGGAAACUGUUCUGAGCUAGCGCUUAGGGCAGUCAUCCCUAGGCUGGAGUGCUCCAGACGUUCUGGGCUACAGAUCCAUGGCCAUGCUGGCUGCGGGCUGGGAGUUGUAGUCUGCUGCACCCGGACGUCUCCAGCUUGGGGGAAGACUGGGUUCAAGUGUGUAUAUAUAAAACGUUUGUUUUUAGACUAGCUGUUCUCUUCCAAAAGGGUGAAAGCCACUAUGUUUUUUAAAUCUGCAAAUUCCCUGUGAUGGACUUCUCAAGCAUUUGGAAAUAUCCACUGAUUUGUGGGUGGGGUGGAGGCGUGGAUUGCACUGAGGCACAAACUGUGUUUCUCAAGUGGCGUUUGACCAGCACAGUCUGCCCUUCAAAUUUUGGCAAAUUUUGGCAAACAGAGGUGAUAACCUCUGUUUCAAGUGGCUUAGAGCCCCUACGAUGACAAAGUCAGAAGGAUACAGGGCUGGCUCGGGAUCCUUGUUGGGUGGUUCUUGUUUUCUGAGCAAGGUCUUGAAUAGUUUCUCACUUCUCACCUCAUAUGUACCUGGUGAGCUUCCAAAACCAGGUUUAAGUGCCAGGGGUCCCCUUCUCCCCACCUCCUUCCCCCUACCCCACCCCACUGACAAGGCACUCUUGGCUUUAAGCAUGUCAGCCCAGAAUUGCUUGCAGGUUUUCUCAGACAAAACUACCAUUACUGAGUUUUGGGGCACAGGCAGGAAACAAUUGGGCAGAUCCACGCCGUAGAUUUCAAGCAAAUCUGGUGCACACUUGAAGCACGUGACUUCCCCCAAGUAGACUGGUUUGUGAAGGGUGCUGAGCACUGUAGCGCUGCAAGGGGGAAGCUACAGUUCCCAGGAUUCAUUGGGGUGUAGAGUCGUGCGUUUUAAACGUGUGUUGGCUUUGUUUUAAAUCUGCGAGUCUGCCCUUAAAGAAGCCCCCCCCCCCCGGCACUUUGAAAGCAGCUGAUCUUUACAGCCUCGAGACCUCUCCCUAGAAUGAAUCAGCUGUCAAAUUUGGCAGUGUGGAAUAAAAAUAGACAUGCGGAAUGGUGGAGGGCUCUCAAAGUGUGAAAUUGUGGGGGGUUUCUUUUUGCUUCUUCUAAAGGGCAUUACCACUGUUUGCGACUCCAUUAAGUUUGCAGAGAGAGUGAGAGCCUCCAAAGGGUAUAACCGGCUUAUAUCGAUUAAAUGGCCGUUUCUCAAACGCACCCUCUUUGUGGUACGCUGACAAUUUGAGGGUGGCUGGGGGAGGUGGCCACUUUCCUCUUUUGAGCAAGCGGGUCGUAUCGUUUUGCGGCUUCGAGAGGGCAAUGGUGCAGAGAACGCAGUGGAGCAAAAUGGGCUUUUCUUUCUUUCCCCAUUCCCUUUCUUCAGUACCUCCAGACUGCAAACCACCUCGCUGAAACCGAAGGCGGGCGGGGAGCUGUUUAAUUAGGCUUAAACGAAGCAAGCAGCAUGAUUAUACCAUUAAACCAGGUAUAGGCAAACUCACCCUCCAGAUGUUUUGGGACUACAACUCCCAUCAUCCCUAGCUUACAGGACCAGUGGCCAGGGAUGAUGGGAAUUGUAGUCCCAAACAUCUGGAGGGCCGGAGUUUGCCUAUGCCUGCAUUAAACAAUUAAUGCUCGUGCCUCUCUCUUUUUUUAGAGACUUGCCCGCUGUGAGCUUUUGAUCUCUCCCUUCACUUGGAUUGGCAACCUGAUGCUGCUCCCUUGGUUGGAGGUUGGUGGGGACUGGCCUAGUGAUGUCCCAUCUCCCAGUGUGCUGUGCUUCAUGAUCCACUACUGUUGAAGUUAUUCCCCCAUUCCACCAUUGGCAGCGCUUAGGACUGCAGGGUGGGGGACCUCUGGCCCACAGGCUGAAUUAGGGGUCCCAGUUUCCCCUUCCCCAGAAACCCCACCUUCCCCACACCUGGUGCGUAAUGUGGAUGUCAGGUGUGGGGCAACCAAAGGCACAGUUGGGAGCUGGUUGCUGCGUAUGCCCGCUGUGAGCUUUUGAUUUCUCCCAGCUUGUGGCCAGCUUGUUUAUACAUAUCGCAUUCUGGUGAGUUUCCUCUCUAGCUGAGGACCAGAUCCACCGAAAGCACAGCCUGACAACUGGAGGCGCAGCUUAGGUCUCCUUUAACAGCUGCAAAGAAUUUCCAGCACAUUCCAACUUUUUCCCAUCCUGAUGCUUCAGCGAGGAGGGAAGGAGCCUGGCCACCAAAUUUCUCCCGGCUUUAGAAAUCUGAAAAGCGCCGUAGGGCAGAGAGCAGGAGCUGCAGGAAGGAAACAGCUCAUCAGAUGGUUAUAUAUUCCCUUGGGUGUUUCGCUUCCAUGGAACAAUGAGCUGCCUCGUUUUGGGUGGAUGCACCCUUUCAAUCCAGUCUUGCGUGGUUGGCCAAACCGUAGUCAGGACUCCAGUGGAUUCAGUAAAUAGCUGCUCAUAAGGAAAUUAUGUUUUGGUGCCUUUAAUCACACCCAAAAAUGUUAGUGUUUGGGAGUCAUAAGUGCUAAUGGGAUCAAACUUGGGGGUGUUGUCAGAAGACACUAAACUUGGCUCUCGCAUCAGUGGUGCAGUGGGAUACUUAAUAUCUUGAGCACCAAUGAUAAUGUGGCAAAAAGAGUGAUCUGCUUUAUCUUUCAUCCUGUAUCUUUCCAUAGAGAAAAGUGCACACUCUCUGCAUAGUGCUUCCCUGGGAGAAGCAGCGUCCUCUGAACUUCCCCCCUGGCAUUCAGCUACUAAGACCCCACCGCAGGUCUUCUAUGGCUCAGGCGCAUCAGCAAGCCUGACAUGCCUAAAUUUGAACCAUGGGAAUGAUCUCAUGCAUGUUGCUGAAUCAGACCGAUCUGCACAUAACGGAGGAGUUGGGGUUUUUUUAUUAGCAGUUCCAGUGAGACUAAGCAACGAAACAUCAUCCCACAAGUUGUUGGAGAGCCUCAACCGCAAACCUGAGUAUUCAAGCACUGGGGGCAAAAGUGCCCCUCAUCCAAGGAGGAUGUCAAUUUUUUAUGUGCUAAUUUUUCUCUCAGAUUGCUCUUUAGCCUGUAUUCAGACAGGCCGAGGAUUGAGAGAGAGAAAGAUCAGUCAGCGGGAAGCAAAGGCAGCUCUUCAGGUCAAAUUACGGCAGAGCUUAUUGAACUGUGCCUGUGUUUAAGGCUCACGACGGAUCUGGGAAGGGAAAAUAAUCUCCUGGCUUCUGUCAGUCACAGUGCCUUGUAUAGUCCACCAAAGGAACAUUCGCGGAAAGGGGGAGAAAAUAACAAUACACAAACGAAACACCUUUCUUUGUGUUUUUGCGACGUGAGCAAUGUUUGUUUUUCACUGAUGAAGGCUGGUUGUGUUGAAGAUGGAGGAGCCUGGAAUGGGCUUCUUCUGCUAUAGUGUAUCCAACUCAUUCGGAAGACUGGCGUUGUGUUCAUCCAUCCCCUGCGCUGUGAUCCUGUUAGCCAAGGGCCCCGGUGUCCUUGGAAACUGUAUCCAAGGUUACGGUGUUUUUCCGAGGCUUCAUUGUAUAAGGUUCUGCUUCUCUCUGCCUCGCAGCCGUGCUUUGAGUGCGGGUUGGCAACUACGAGGAAGGUUUUCAUAAGCUGGUCUUUCCAUCUUUCUAGCCUUUUGACUUCAUUUCUCUUUAAAAAACAAAAAAACAAAACCCGCACAUUUUCUUUCUUGGGUGAAGCAAAAUGCUAACGGUUGUGCGACAUUUUGUUCAUUUCUAAAUAUACAGAUGGGGGGGGGCUUUUGUUUUUUGUAGGGUGGGGUCUCUGCUUGUGAACUGUGUUCUGUCUUUUUGCAUGCAUCUUAGCUGCAGGUUUCCCUUUUCCUUAAACCUGUUUCAAAAUGUUUCACAGCCCUUGUGUGUCUGCCUGUUCCUUCCUUGACUGUGUUCCAGAAGCUCAGUCCCUUGAAAAAUGGCUCUAAAGUCACAGCCACAUGUUCAGAGCACGUGGCUUCCUGCAAAGAGUCCUGCCACUUCUAGUUUGCCGAGGAUGCUGGGAAUUGUAGCUCUGCGGUGUGAAAACUACAGAUCCCAUGAUUCCUUGGGGGAAGCCGUGCCUCUUAAAGUGGUAGAAACACGCUAUCAACAUACGGUUUAGAAAUGUCCGUUGAUGCGUUUGAUGUUGAAAAGUGGGGCCAGGGGUGGAGAGUGAGGUUGGGCAGCGGAGCCCAAACCUAUGGUCAGGUCCAUCCACGUUAGGGAUGGGGUAAGUUGAGGUCCUCCAUAUGUCAUUGGACUGCAGCUCCCCAUCAUCCCUGAACUUUGGGCAUCCUGGCUGGUGGGAAUUGUAAAGCCAAGAGAACCACAGGUAAAUCAAGCAACUCAGAAGCCAUAUUUGUGCUUCAACAAGAUGGCUUUAGCCUGCCCAACAUAGAUUACCAGCCCUGCAGUCCAAGGCAGGCAAAUAAGGCAAUGCCAUUCCUCUGACAGCAGGAGCCCAGCGUGGUCUUUUGGAUUAUGGCAGGCAAAAUGGGGGGUCUCUCCCCGCCCCCACACAGCAUCCACCACUGGGAGCUUCCGGUAUCCUGAUUUCUCACUCUCUGUUGAGAUGUGCAACCUUCAAAAAGCUCCCCACCCAUUCAGUGUCAUACCUGGGCAGUCACAUGGAAGGAUCUGAUGCAGCUGAGUUGCCCACCCUGUAGAAAGUACAGCGCAGGAGCCAAUAUAGAGCCCCUACUCAGGGGGAAGUGAGUCACACUUAGUCCCCAUUGAAAUCUAUGUGUCAGCAUUAGUUGCAGCGAAAGGCAAAUCCUUUCUAUUCAGUCGAUAAUCUGCCUUGGAUUGGGGCCGUAUUCACUAAAGGCUCUAGAAAACCCGGCAAUUCUGCUUUCGUUUCACGUUUCGGAGGAGGAGGUGGGGAGAACUGCUCUGCUACGGCAAACCAGGCCACAACUAAUAAAGGGAAUAAAAUGAAUCAAAACCCCAUUCCACGGAUGAAGUCUGAUUAAUUGCAUAUCAGUGAUUGGAGUGGCAUAGCAAAAUGAUACCCCUUUCUGAAAUUAAGAUAAAAUAAAGCUGCUGUUGUAUUGCUACACUAACUUAUAUAGAUGUACAGUAUAUGAUUCCGCCCCCCUUCGGUCUUUUUUUUAAAUUGGUCUUAUUCAGCUCUUUGGAUGGUACCCAAAAGGAGAGGCGAUGCAGCUUUAAAAGGGCUGCUUCAGGAGGAGAGAGAGAUCUUUUAACAUCUUGGCUGCCUCCAAAGUGGUUUUGUGGUUGACUCGACUGUGAUCUAAGGUCUUGUUUUACUUUGCGGUGUGUGCUGUUGCCGAUUUUAUAAAAAAAAAACCUUUUGAGAGAGAGUGUGAGUGGUCCUGUUUUUAAUUCCCAGUGUCUGUCUGCUCUCGCAGUGGUGUACAAACUCGUUUUAUUGAUCCCUGUGAAAUUUCCUGAUCUUCAAUAAAGCACUCUUGUUUUCUUUUUAUUUCCUUUUACUUCCGAAAAAAAAGGUUAUUUGAAGCUUAAUAAAAAUAAAAACGAACCUUCACUGA